UUUUUCAGGUGCCAAAAAAUAUUUUUAUUAGUGUGUCCCAUAUAUCAACUUCAUAAGAUGUUUCAGAUUCAUGUGUCUAAAUACUUCAUGGCAGCUACAUGUGUACAUCUCUUUAUCUGGAGUUAUCCAACUAUAGGGCACCAGUUCAUGAAGGGGGGAAUGGGACCUGUGCCACCCCGACCUGCUUUUUUUUACACGCCCCUGCUUUUCGGUCAUUUUGACAAUUUACCUCCACAAUAAAAUAAACAGGAUAAGAGAAAUUCCUGGUCAAGAGAGUUUAGUUCAGCAGCUAGAAAAAAGAAAAAAUAAUCAUUAAAUCAUAUUCACUGAAAACACAUUAAUGAUGUUGCCUGGAUUGUGGGGUCUUGCAUAUAACCGAUAAAAAGCUGCUUUGUAAAAAAAACAUUUUAACAUGAGAAUGCCUUUAAGUGAUUCAGAGCAUUCACAGCUGAUUUUUUGAAAAGAAAAAGUAAAACAUUUCAACAAUCUGAACUGAAACUCAGCCACUGGCUCAACUUACCCCGGAACUACUAUGAUGACUUUAUUAGUCCUUUAAGCUAAAAUGGUGGACUUUCAUGCUAGGUUUUUGACAUAGACUGUAUAUAGAAUGGACACCGUCUGCCUCCUUGUUGGGUGAAGCUACUCUGAGAACAGCACCCUCUGGUGACAGGCUGCAGUAUAGGUCAUAAAUCCUGCCUCCACCAGCAAAGUUUAUGGAGCUGUGGACAAACUUUAGAAAUUUAUUAGACAGAAUAUAAAUUUUUCUCCCCCUGAUUACGAUGUUGACAUGUAGUUACGGUAAGACUGGUUUGUGCUCAAGUCCUCUUUUUUUUCUGUGAAGCUCCAUUUUUAAAAGUUAUUAGGGGGUUCCUGUUUUCUAUGAUUGACACCUGAUAUAGCCUAUGGGCGUUCAGGGAUUGCAUAGCUCAUCCGGGGAUACACUGUUUGAGCCGAGUGUCAUCAGAGCGACUCUCGGCAACUCCUCCGCCGAAUGCACACAAUGCUACUGCGCAAUACCGAGAGCUUUUUGACUUCAAAUCUGUAUACAGGCAGGAGGCAGAACCAAGUUGUCCAUAGUAAAUACAGUCUAUGGUUUGAACACAAUUCUAAUAAAACUCACACAGACUAAAUUCACUUUCAAGAGUGAAAAAUGUUUUUUUUUUUUUUUUGUAAAUAAAUGUCUAACCCCUUCACUCAUGUGCUUCUAACCUUCACAGACUCCAUAAAUUGACGCCCAUCUCCUAAAUAUUUGGUCACAUGAUCAAUUUCUUUCACCAUUUCCAAGCUCAAUUUACCCUUUGGCUCAACUUACCCCACUCUCCCCUAAUAGUGGACUUGGAGUCAAGAUUAUGUUUAUCACUGUUUUUUAUUCUGGGCCCACAAUUCGCAGAAAUGGGUCAGUCAUCCGAUGACGUCAUCCGGUACCGCACCUUGGCCAGAGGGAGGUAGUGAACCCGCCUCUCCGGGAUUACGCACCUUUGACCUCCAGCACUGUCAACAGGAGCCUAAGCUGCUCACCGAGAUGCCAGAGCGUUCAAAUCCACCAGCAGCAGCAGCAACCGGUUAGUCACAUGACCAGCGUGCAGAUCUGCCUGCCUGUCUGUGUGUGCGUGAGUGUGUGUCUGUGUGCUGCUGCAGCUGCUUUUAUUUCCGCGUUCACCAAAGGGGGAGAAGAGCUGAGCUGAAUGAGUUUUUACGGCCGCCCUGUCUCUGCACAUUUGACGCCGAGAAACUGCGUCGCCGUGCGGGGGGGAACUCACGCAAUCGCAUCGCUGCUGCUACUGCUGCAGGACCAUGCUCACGCGGGUGAAAUCGGCGGUGGCCAAUUUCAUGGGAGGUAUGAUGGCUGGUGGAUCCAACGGUGACCAUCCCGGCGGCUCGGAUCUGCCGCUCAGGUUCCCUUACAGCAGACCGGAGUUCCUGGGACUGUCGCCGGAUGAGAUCGAGUGCUCGGCGGAUCACAUCGCAAGACCGAUCCUCAUCCUGAAGGAGACCAAGCGGCUGCCGUGGUCCACCGGCUACGCAGAGUGAGUAACCUGUGUGCGUCCAUCUUUUUUCCCCCUCUUGCACAGCACACAGCAGCAGCAUCCCUCCUGGACCACUAAAAAAGGGCUGAGAAGAAAACAUGAGAGGAAAACAUGAAUGCACCAGCUGCCUUAUAAACCAAUUCACAUGGAUAAAAUAUGUCAAAAUACAUCUUCAGCUCUUUGAUUUUCCUUCAGAUUUUAGCCUGCUUUACAGUGUAAACAUCACAGUUUAGUUGGGGCCAACACCUUAGGAUAUAAAAACACCUCCACCCAGCAGAUAAGGCCACUUUAACCCGCCUUUAUAGCCAUCAAACAAUCGCUCAUGAUCAUAAGGGUGUAGUAGAAUGAAAAAUAUCAUAAAGCAGGUUAUUAUAAGGUCACUGCUGGCACAGACUUAUUGUAGAUAGAUCCUGCUGAUGCUUCCUUAUGUCAACAGUAAACUGCACCCUCAAGGCAGUAUUUUUUUGAUGGCAGAGACAACUUUUAUAUUUACAGUAGAGGUGAGGCAGGAAUGCUCAACUUGUUUUCCCCUUUGCCUGUGUCAUUGCUAUGUCCCGUUUGCAUAGUCUAAUUAUUCCUCCUUUGUUGAUGUUGUAAAGGUAGUAACACCUGACCUUACCCUCCAGAUGAACAGUGGAUCAUACAAAGAAAUCUGGUUGAAAAGCAGCGUAUGUUACUCAGUGUUGUCAGACAGUAGAAGUCAUCGUCAACCAAGACCAGAUUAAUGUCACUUAUUUUAGACAAUAGAAUACAGGAUCCAUUCAGUUCCCUGCAUCCGCCUUCAAAGACUCUAAUAGAGCAGCUGUAUUGUAUAAAGUGACAUUUUAUGAACAGCAGCUUGAAUAGUUAAGAUUUCUGUAAUCGCAGAGGGAAAAUAUAACAAAUUUUACUCAUUGGGAAUUAUUUUGCCUAUUUUUCUGAAGGCAAAAACCAGGAGUGAUAAAAGUGUCGACUGCCUCCGAGUUAAAGUUUAGAAAAAUUGACAGACAUUGUUAUAAAAUAGAAAAAGCAUACCACAGUGAAAAACAAAUACAUUAUCAUAUGAUAUUUGACAUUUAGAGUAUACAAUACAGUACAAUGUAAGACUUAUAUGAUGUGAUUCAAGAUGUAGUACAAUUCAUGAACCAGUACGAAUUUUAUUAGGACAUAUCAUUGUAAGAGUACAUUUGAUGCAAGAUAAUACAAUACAGUAUCAUUCAAUACAAUACCUAAUGAUAUAAUACUUACUGUUCAUGCCAUACAGUAGGAUUUGAUAUACUUAUUGCUACCUCCAAAGCAACAACGAUGGAAAAAAAAUACAACCAAAAUGCACAAAGAAAUGAGAACCACAGACUUUUAUAAUUUCCCAUUUUGCACAUAAAACCUAUUAACUUGAAAAAAAAUGCAGCAGUAUUGUAAUUUGUGUAUUCGUUUCCAGGAUUCAGACUUGAGUCAUGCUCAAAUCUUGGUUUUCAGGACUCGUGACUUCACUUGGACUCGAACACAGAUGACUCAGACUUGGACUUAAGCUUUGACUGCAUUCAGACUCAGAAGUUGGGGAGGAAGGUUCGGUUUUGAGCAGAGACGAGGGGCCACUGAUCAGUUUUUGUAACAGGGACAUGACUUGGACUUGGACUCCAACUCAAAGUUUGAUGACUCAACUACAGCACUGUUAUGAAUAUUUCAAUCUGGGUGUCAAUAUGCUAACAGACAUUUGUUUUUCACGGGACCAAACUCAUAACUUUAGAGGUCCACAGCAGUCUUUGAAGCUCUCCUUAUUAACAAGUGAGUCAGUGCCCUGAAUUCUCCACAACAAGAGCAGUUAGCUUGUUCUGUCUUUCUCUUUUGACAUAUUCGCUCAUCCCCUCUCGCUGAUGGGCUGUGAUGAUGGAGUGCUUAUUUUCCACAGCUUAAUCGUUUAAUCGAUGAUGUUAGAUACACAGUAAGAACGCUGUGUGCACCAACUCCCCCGAUCCAUUUGCAUCUAAUGUUUCAGCCUCAGUUGCUCUCCUGUUAACCCUCGCUGGUUGUGCGAAUGCCUGUGAUGUUAGGUCAGACAGCAUUUCAACAUAUCUUAAGCUUGCCCUCAGUCCUGCAGAUGACUGAUCUUUUUUCCAAGAAAUAACCAAGACUAAGUAACAUCCUACCAGCACAGAGGGAUGAUAUUUUGCUAGCUUUUACUCACAUUACGCUCUCUCUAUGCUCUGCACUGAUAAUGUUUUCAUGCUUCUUUAUAGAAUUAUUAUAGCUUCUUCUUAUAGGAUGAGAAAAAAAUACAGUUUUCCGCACACUUUUUGCAUCUCUAUGCUAAUCUGCCAUGAGGAAUUAUAAUCUCCGGCUGAAAAAGAAAGGACGAUAAUUGUCGUCUUUUAAACCAUUGAUCACUUAUUUCUGUGUUGCACGCUAGGUUACGCAAUACCACUAGAAAUUAUGUUCAUUUCAGCUUUCUGUGAUUUAUCACAAUUAUUGCGAUUAUAUAAAAUUACAGUCAUUUUCCUGAGGUUUCUGUGUCAGUUCUACAAAGAAGUGUUGUUGCUGCCAGGGUUUGGUGUGUAGCUGCAAACGUGUGCACAUGUAGCAGCUUGGCACAGCAUCAGCCAGAACUGAGCCAAACCGUGGAUUUGUAAACAGCUGGCCGACCAGCAGGCGUGGAUGUUGUAGUGACAUCUCACUGUGAGUGGAAAAAAACCCUGAACCUAUACGAGAUGAUAUGAUCCAUGAAGACUAGAGAACAGUUAAAGGGUCACGUAUUAAUAAGAUUUUUGUCACGAAACAAAAAGCUGCCAGUUGUUCAUUUGAAGAUGAAAUGGUGAAGCAGCAGGUGGCGUAAUGAGGGGCUUUAUGUCUCAUGAAAACAGUAAAAUACUGUUUUUAUAGUUGUUUUUCAUUCAGUAUCAAUAUUUGGCGAUACUUCCAGAAAAGAUAAGAUUUUCUUUUUUGGAAAGACAAUAAGACUUGUAAUAGAUGUACACGAAUACUGCUUAUGUUGGUGAAAAUUACAGUCCCCUGUAGCUAUUUGAGUACAACUACUUUAAGCACAUUUCAGCCAUAAAAACUAAAAAAAAAACUAUGCAAACUUUUAGGAUGUGUAGACAUAACAUUAGCUGGCACAGAAAUCCAGUGUUGCGAGAGAAAAGCUGAUCCUCCUCAGUUAUGGUCUCUCUCUCCUCUUCCCCUUCAGUCAUCGUCAAUCAUUCAGAAAUUCGCAAUCAAACCUGUAAAAUAUCUUACAUUUUAUACAAGUCUCAGUCCUGUUGUUGUCUUAACUGCUAAUAUUAGCAUGGUAAAAUGCUUAACUAGCAGUUUUAGCCUGGUAAACAAACAUGUCUGGUAGCAUGCUGAGAUUAGCAUUCAGCUCAAAUCGUAGCCGUACCUGAGGCUAGGUUUAUAACCUGGAGCUGGAGUGGUUUAGUGUCUCACCUGUGUUGUUCAUGUCAAUAUCUGAAGCGGAAUAAACCCAGAAAUAUCUCAAAAUUUUAUGAAAUAAUCAAGAACGAAACACUUUUGCUCUGUGCAGUGGAUAGAGUUUGACUCAGUGUAGUUAAAGUCAAACUUCGUGAAAAUAGCAUCAUGAUAACUGCAUUGUAUUAAAGUUUUCAACCUACUCUCUUAUUAGCCAGGCUCUAACUCUUCAUGCUUCAUGAUAACUUCAUAUUUCUCUUUAGCAUUAACACGUAACAUUUACAGGAGAAGUGUGGUCUAUAGUGGUUUGAAAGACCCUGAGAAUGUUUUCCGUCAUGUGCCUGUUGUCUGUUUUGUUGGUCUGCUGAUGUGGACAGAUCACCUUUAGUGGAAUGUGAAAUCAAAGUGUGGGAUCAUGUAAGAGGAAUAGCACGUGCCUGCUCUGCUCUGCUCUGUGUUUUCCUCCUCGAACCCCUGACUAUGAGGCCUCUCUCAGCUUGCUAGGGGUUAUUCUGGGUUGUUGUGUUUCUCCCCGUGGAGACAGGAAGAACAGUCCUGCUUUACGAGGAGUUACUGAUGAACUGUCUCGGGGUGCUCACACUGCCUGUCAGGUCCACUGAGCAUGAUCAUUUGAAUGGAUCACUUAGAAUUGCUCGCUCUAACUCGGCUCAUUCUUUCUUCUCCGGUACACUUUUGAAGGCAGGCUGGAUUUACUGCUGUCUUUUCUCUCCAGUCAUUUAACCCUCACCAUGCUAACACACCAGCAACAACCUUUAAUGCAUCGCCCUCCAGCUGACAGCACUGCAGCUUUGUAGAAGCUGACCUCUCGAAUAAAUGCACCUUUCCCUGCCUUACUCAGAACCAAACAGUGCUGGUAUAUUCCUGAUUUUAAACUACGAUGUUACAGCGUUUGGUAAGCAAGAAUAAGGGGAUGAAACCUUCACAUUUGCAUGCACAGAGGGCUCAUCUGUUACCACUUCUUAUGCAGAUUGAUGACUUGACCGUUUUGCCUCCACACCUUUUAUAUAGACGGUGUGGUAAAACGGGUCCAUCCUGACCUAGGCUUUAGUUACUUUAGUUUGGUUAGGAUUACUGUACCCUGAGCAGGUUCAGUCAGAUUCUACCAUCACCAUAAUUGUCUUUUUUAAUGUCGCCUAGUGUGUAUUCUAACGAUUCCUUCUCUGUAGAUGUUUUGUGUCUUGUUUGCUUUAAGGUACUUAAACUGGAGGGAGGACAGGGAUUGUAUGUGGCAGUUAAAAUCAUGUGUUGCUAUGGUUUGGAGAAAAAAAAAGACUGUGUUGAACUCUGUUUAAACUCUUUAUUUGGAUCUGUUAAAGCCUUUUCAUCAAAGACUUGGACUCUCCUCUCUUAACCUGCCUGAACUUGCUUGUUGGCUUUGGAGAGCCAUGGUAUUCAGAGGAUAAAUAAGUUGUUACAGAGCUUCCCCACCCAGUCAUUCAUUUAUUAAUUCAUUCAUUCCCUACCUCAGUCUACUGACCUACUACCUGUAAAACAAACCCUUGAAAUCACAGCAGCAGCCUGAUCGAUGUAUAAUCAAUAUGCGUGUCUGUGAGCUCAGCAUCAGUGGGACCACAGCACUUAAGUGUGUUUAGUCUGCGUUUUAUAGAAAUGCGUGUGUAAUAGAGGCUGUCAGUGCUGUGGCUUAUUUCUAAUCAUUGAUAUGACAGUGAAAUGAUCCUAGAUUAAGGGGCAGAGCCCUGUUGUUAACAGUAAUCUAAUCAGAUUAUGGCUAUAAAUUCUUGAGAGUGGGGUUGUUCAAAAGACGAAACAAGGAUUUUAAAAUAAAACGAAGAAAUCCAGUUUCAGUUUUCAUUUGGAUUAUGCCUCUGAUAUGUGUUUUAUCAAAAAUUUUAAGAAGGAUUCAGACCUGGAUAUUCAUGAUUCUCGUACAGGGGUAGAUUGAGGGGAAAUUUCAUUGAUAAAGUAUUUUAUUUUGGAGUAUUUUUAACUUUAAGAUGAGUGGGUGAGUCAGCAUUUUUAUUCUAGCUUGAAUGAUCAGGAGCUGGUUGUUUAGUUCUGACAAUCUGAAAUCUCAGAAGUUAAACUUUUAAGAUUUGGGUUGAAAAAUACACCAUAAUGCGAUAUACAUAUGCUGGGCUCUUUAACUUCUAUUGUUAGUUGAUGUUUUUUUGGUUGUAAAGGGACUAAAUUAAGUAAAUGUCACACUCACUUAUGGAGAGGACAUGAACGUGAACUGCAUUUUCUCCAUACAAGGUUUCCUACCGCUCAAUCACAUGAUGCUGCACAUGUUUGCUUGUUUUGGGUGCUCCAUCAACACACUGUUUAAAUUACUGCUUAGUUAAACAGAGAUCAGGGAUAAAAAAAAAACAAAACACAUAUAUACAGUAUUUUGUGUUUGGAACAUUCAGCAUUUGGCACAUAAUUCAAGUAAUAACAUCAUAAUAUCUUGUAAAUGACCUGGUGGUGUCUGAUAUUACCAUCAGAGUAAAACUUGAAACUAGAACUCUCUUCUGGAGGAGGUUCACCAAAGACUUCAACUCUGACGGGGAAAUUAAGGUCAACCAUUGUCUCAAAAGUGAAAAGUGAAACGAGGUAAGUGAAUACGACAGCCCUGCUCGCAGACACAGCUCCAGCCUCAGGGUGUGGGAAGAUCUCCUCUCUCAUAUCAGAGACGAAAAGCCUUGAAAGCCCCACUCAUGUCAAUCAUGUGAUCAGUGAUUCUCAGUCCCUGCAGCGCUCUGCUCUCAGACACGCAUGAUGGCUGAAGUUUGUGGCCUCUAUUCAUUGUGUAAAGUUUUCUUUUCCCUUUGAAAGGAGGGAGGAGACAUAAAAGAACACACUGUCAUGUUUUUAACCGCUCAAAACAAUAACACUUAUUGGCACAGCAUACUUACAUAACCAUUGACCAUACUGACCAUAUUAUCACUCCAAAGCUUCAUUUUGAAAACUUGAGAAACAAUGAAACAGUUUAAGACUUUAGGAUUGUGAUACCAGCUGAAUUUGACCACUGUCAGACAGUUAAUAUAAUUUGGUAAUGAACUUCUAAGUCACUACAUAUUUGUCUGAAAUAGUCACAAACAGACAGUGCUGAACUGUGUUAUUAUAGGUGCAAGAUCAGUUAAAGAAAUAUAAAAUCUGCAAAAUUAGAAACAUGGAUUGUUUGAUGAGAUUGACUUGACCUAGUAUGACAUAGAAAUUUGUCUAUAUCACUCAUAACUGGAGUAAUGAAAGUUAAUGACUAAUUUUAGUAAUAACAAUAAUAAUAAUGAGACAUUUAUUGAUUUUGCAUUUUUUAAAACAGAGUUACAAAGUGCUUCACAACAGAAUAGCAAUGGAGGUAGAACAUACAGCAGCAGACGUCAAUACAAUUUCCAAUAGGAAUGAUUCAGAAUUCGAUGAAAGAUGAAACCCAAACUGCACUAAAAGUUUUUAAAUAAUCAUGAUAAUUAAAAUAAAAUAAGUUAAAACAAAAUAAAAUGAGUGAAGACUUAGUUAAAAGUUAAGAACUAAGUUAAAAGUCAUGUCCAGUAAAAGCUCAUUUGUAAAAAUGGGUUUUAAAACCAGAUCUAAAAGAGGUUAAGGAGCUAUGUGCUACAUGGCUAUGUGAAGGGCACACUGUAUCUUAACUCAAGUUUGAACUGAUUUCCUGUGACUGUGUGGUUUAUGGAAAUACACAUAAUAACCUCACGGCCCAAAACCACUCACAGAUGUUAAAAGAUCACGUCUGUUUUUUAAAGAGCUUUGACUGCCUUUAUGUCAUAAAAUUAAAGAAGGUUGGGUAAGAGGAGGUUGAAGCAUCCAUCCGUCUAUCUGUCUACUCAUCCAUCCAUCUCAACAUCCAUCUGUCCAUCAUCCCUCCUCCCUUCUUUUUUCUUUCUUUCUUUCCUUCCUUUGUUUUUUUCUUGUCAGUAGCGUUUGAUAAGUUAGUCAAAAGUUAUUAGUUUCAAUCACUACUAACCACUAUUAAAAGUAGGGUUGUCCCGAUUACGAUACCAGUAAAUUGCUCCGGCUUGUAUUUAUUUGUGUUUCACAAAAGGUUUAACCUGAGCCAGACCUUACCACAAUGAUAAUCAUAUGACUGUCAUGGAGGCCUGGAAUUAUUUUUUUAUUAUAACAUACUGGUAUCGGUACUCCGUAUUGACCGAUAUCCACAGCACAAUUAUCAGAAUCGUUAUCCUGAGCCGGAGGGAAAAAUUGGUAUCAGAACAUCUCUUAUCAAAAACUGAUUUACUAACUGAGGUACUAAGUCACUGUGUUAGCCAAGCUAACGAGAGCUGGAUCACUCUGGUAUUUGCUUCUACUAGCUUACGGGAGGCUGGCUGUUUGGUUGGGUGCUUUUAGAGAUAAGAAUCACUCGUCUUGUUGGUGAAUCAAGUUUUCUGUCCUGCACAUAUCGACUUUAUCUCACCAGGAUGUUCUUGUCCUUAAUUCCAAGAAUACAUAAAAAUAACUCUGAUAUUUAAAAGGCAGAAAGCUCAUGCCUGAAUACUCAUCAGCAACUGUGUGUGUGUGUUUUCUGUGCUCUAUGUUCUUCUCACAGGAUGCUCUUGUGCUGGCAUGGACUGAACCAAGUAGGAUGGUUAAUUUUAUAAAGCUGUCAGUUGUUUGAAAUAAGCAGCCCACAUUUAAUGUACUGGGUUUUUUUAGUAAUGUUGUUCAGACAGAAAGCUUAGACUCCUAAAAAACAAGCAUGCUAUAAAAAAUAAGGAUGUAGAGAAAGAAAACUACAAUUCAGAACCAGCAAAUAACCUCAACAAUCGCAUGGUCACUAUCCCAGUCAAUGUGUUGUCUCAUAGGAUAUCAAUGAGUUGAGUUAUGUAACUACAAUCUUACAAAGUUCGCACCUUUCUGUGCGUUUUACUUGUGAAGAUAAAGCAGGUGAUAAUAUUAGCUCUCGGUGUGUCUCUGUGCAGUCACCCAGUGUUUCCUUUAAGCCUGUCUUAUUGACACACCACAGCGAGUGUGCUAUUUCUGAUUUUUAUGAUGGGGAAGUGGUAAAAAGCACAUUGUGUGAGAACCCAUUUCAAAUCAACCUUUCUUAGAAAAGGUCUGCUCAGAUAAUAUCCGGUCAGUUUUACAGCCGAAUGUGUUUUCUUAGCUGGGGGACGGAGGAUCUCAGCUCUGCAUGCUCAUCCUCAUGUCCAAUUAGGAUUAUUUCUACAAGAUCCUCCAUUGGGAAGUAAUUAUAACCAUAUCAUAUACUGAUAUGAAACCUUAUGAUGUCUCAUUUUUAAAUAAUUCCCUCUCUAGACUAAGCCUGGAGCACUUUUUAAAGUUCUGUUUUGGGUGUUUCUGACUUCAUUUAAAAGGACAGCUGAUGAGAAACAGGGAGAGAGUUGGGGUUGACAUGCAGCAGGGGUUGUGGCCAGUGAUCAAACCAGUGACAACUAUGCUGCAGAGCUAAAGUGGAGCUCAACCAAAACUUCUGUCUUCAGAUGCUUUCAAGUACAAAUGGAGAUAUUCCCAAAAAACAUUAAUACAAUAAAAAAACAAACCCUGUACUAGGCCUGGGCGAUUUGGCAAAAAAAAAAAUCACAAUAUAUUUUUUCAUGUCGUCUGAUCUCGAUUUUUUAUCACGAUUUGUUUUUAAAUUGCUAGUUUUAAAGCAUCUGUACUAAAAACUGAAGAAACUAGAGAUUAGUUCAACAUUUUAUUAAACAGAUCUGUCGUGUUGCCAGUCUUUGAGGGCACCGACCGCCAACAUACCUUACACAUUGGCGUGAUUUCUCGACGUCACUUUGGAGAUACCCGAACUGCCACACAACAGAGGUUAAAUAAUUUUCGUUCUCAACAAUAACAUCUUUGGAGGAUGACGUCAUGGUUGACAUCUAUCUUGCUGCCUUCUUGCUGUUCGGUCAUUCUGUUUACUUCUCCGGCAACUUACAGAAGUGAGCAGGAUCGACUCUGAUUGACUGUUGUGACGCACAUUUCCACCAUGUUUAAAUGAGUAAAUACGCUCACAGCUGAUCAUUGUGAUCGACCUGAAAUUUAUCACGAUCAUAUAAUCGCCCAGUCUUACCCUGUACUGUGCAUUUUCUAUUUAUUUGACUAAAAAAGUGCCUCACAUAGGAAAUAGCAAGUAUUUUAGAAAACUUGAAUUAACCUGAAGGAACAUAAAAUAUUAAUCAUUAAAACUCUUACACCAUAAUUAGGUUCUCUGCAAAAUUCACAUUAUAUCUCUGGAGUAACUUUAUACUUUAUGCUCCUGUAGUUUAUAAACGGAGAGCACCUGAACUAUUGUACAGCAGCGUCUGCUUGUCCAUGACUACAGCAGCUCGCAGCAACAGGGCACCAUCUGUCAGGUGUUGUAUAAUGUAGGAUUUAUGUGUUUUUCUGUCCUGCUCCCCAGGCCACCUGUCUCAGCUGAAAUGUGUCUUCAAGAAUGUAUAUCUGCUUACCUUGGCUUGCGUCUGUGUCAGAUAGAAAAACUCGCUGCUUGAUGCUGUAUGAAAAAAUCUCAGCACCUUCACUGGAAUUGAAUCUGGUGUCUGGUGAGACAUCACAGAAACAACACGGAGUGAAGGUCAGAGAAUCAGUCGAAAAGUUAAGAAGGAUACUGAAACUUGUAGGCAGCUGUCUAUCAUCUACAGCACUCGAGGCAUUUGCUUUUUAGUGUGUUUUAAUAACUGCAUUAAUGCACCGUCACUUUUUAAAAGGUCAAAUCAAAGACGCUGUUGCUAAACUGUGUUUGUUUCAGAGAGAAGGAAGUGAUUGAAAUGAUGUGAGUAAAGAUGACGGCUGAUGGCAUCAAAAUAGUUCAUCCCUCAGGACCUGUAGGAUCUGGAUGUAAUUAUGUGUGCUUGAUGGAUUUAUUCAAUAAAACAAAGCUCAACUGCAGUGUUCAUGGAGAGGAAAAUACAAUAUACAUAUACUGUAAAAAUACUAAGUUAUAAUGGAAUGCAGGCAUAUAACAUAUACUGCUCUUUAUUGUUUUUUAUGUGGUAUAUAUUGGCAAUUCAUAUGUAAAUUGCCAUACUUCAUACUGAAAGCUGUAUUUAUAACUGUAAAACAGUAGCUAAACAGUACUUUAUAGAAUAAAAACCAUCAAAUGACAAUAAAAAAUAUGCUCUGUGUUUAAGCAGUAUGGUUUCUGUUGUUUUUUUAUGCAAUGAAAUAUAUUUCUUAAAAACCUUACUUGGUUUAUUUAAUAGCUUAAAUGUUUUCCCUUUUUCCUAUGAAUUUAAGCACAGGUUUAAUCCUGUUUGGGGUUUUUUCUUGCUCUCUCCUUUCAGGGUCAUCAAUGCAGGAAAAAGCACAUUGAACGAGGACCAGGCCUGCUGUGAGGUUCUGGUGGUUAAAAGGAGACCCGCAGGAAACUCCACACCUAACCGGACCCCCACGGCCCGCAGGAGGUCUUCCCUGCCUAAUGGAGAUGGUUUAAACAUCAAAGACUACCAGGUGGGUCAAACUGAACGGUUCCUAUGAAUAGGUAUCCAUCUGUUUCUCCUCAUUAGUGGGGUUGUCACUCAGCAGAUCCAUUGUCGGACCAGAAAAGAACAAAUCAACAGAUAUACUCUCCCCUUUUUCUGUUUGUUUUCUAUUGGGAUUUAACAUACUGGUAGGAUGAUGAUAGCACAUAUAUGUUGCUGUAAUUUCUGUGUUUUAAAGUUAGAUGUUGUAUUUAAAGUUUCAGACUGUAAAUUCUUUAGACAAGAAAAAAAAAUCAGCAUUCUUUGAUUUCCAAAGCAAAAUUAGGGAAACAACUCCAUUGAGUACCAGCUUAAAGAUCCAGAAUCAAAUGAACCAGAAGCUUCUACAUUUUUUUAUUAUCACUGAGGAAAUUCAUGAUUAGAGAGAUUAUAGAAACUCUUGAGAUUGCUGUUGGGAAUCUCCGUCUCCCACUGCUGCCCCAUCUUUGAUUACUGGGGCGUACAACUCAGCUUCACAUCACGCACUGCUGUGGCCUUUAAUAGCUCUUGACAGCCACUGAUACAGGCAGGCCGAUGUUGGUUCACUGAAACUAAAAGUAGAGCCUGACCCAUACUGGACUCGAUUACCAAUAGACGGGUUUCUGUCUUCAUCGCGGGUAUGCGCACACAUCCAGGGGGCAGAAAGCGGGACAUUUCUUAGUUUUACUCGCGGAGUCAACAGAGAAAGAAAAUGACAAGGAGCUGUUGUGCUCCUUGUCAUUACGACCCUGCUCCUGAUAUUAGAAACAUCUAAAACAACAUCACAACCUGGUUAGCUGAGUGAAAUUCAUGGAUAUGUUUUUUUGAUUUGAUGCAAUGUAAGACAAAGCGAUUUUGUCAGGGAGAACUAUCAGUCCACUCCGAAGCAGGCUUUUGGCCCCUGGUUGCGCAUGCACCUAGUAUUGUUUGUACGCAAAAAAACCUGUCUAGUCUGUCGUUGAUGAGCUGUUGUAGUCUUCAGUAGUGUUGUGUUGUUCGGGAACGAUUCGUUCAAAAUAACCGAAUCAUUUAAGUGAACGUACUGAACUGAAUCACUUCCUCAAGUGAUUUGUUCGUUUCUCACUUCAGUUGAGCAGAGAGCUUUUUUUCUUGCAACAUUCUAUCAUUGCAGCGGUUUGCGAGGGAACGGUGCAUGUUCAGUGUGAAUUCUUCUAAUUGUUCAGUGAACGAAUCACUCACUGACCCCAAUUAAUCGAGCAGACCUGGUAAAUAGUAUACCAUAGGACAGUACAAUCAAAACAUCAUGACUCAUAAACAAGUUCAUUUUUACAAACCUGUUUGCCAAAGCAACACAGCCAAACACUCUCGUCUCCCAGUUCCAGAAACUAUGAACUGAACUGAAUCUUGAACUGUCCAGCUGUGAAUCAGUUCAGGAGGUCGGAGUCGCAGGCUUCUCCCAUUAAAUGAUUCAUUGAUUUGGUGAACGAAUCUUUUGAACAAAUCUUUUUAGUGAACUGAUUCUAGUGAUUCAGUACAUCUCAAAGAACUGCUGUGCCCAUCACUAGUCUACAGUCUACAGUCUGCUUUGGUCAGGCUGUUGUUUUAAUGUUUGAAGUCAAGCUUCAGCACAUCUGACAAAGAAAAGCACUGAGAUAAUGAAAAGUAAACUCCACGCUAAUUGCUUUUUUGGGGAGUAAACCACACUCACACAGUAAAUUACCUCUCUAACUUCACUCUCCUUAUAAUGUUUGCUUUAUCACCGCAAGCCUUUAAGAACCAUCCAUCCUAGAAACAUUUCUAUCUUCUGUGGCUGACUUUGUCUUUCUGACUUCACUCAGCCUCUCUCUGCCUUCUGCAUUUCCUAAUAUGAAGAACCUGUGUGAUAUCAUUUCCAGUGGCAAAAGGCAUCUAUUUUAAGUAAUACUGCUUCUACAAUUUCCUCUCAGCCCACCAGUACUUUGCUCAGGUCCACCCAGAGCCUACAGCAAACUCAUGCAAGUACCUCAUGACUCACUACUGCAGUGAUACCAAACCAAUAGGUGUAGUGUAUAGAGCCUCUUUAGUUUUCUGUAUUUUCCUCUUAGCAUCCUGUUGUAGAAUCCACCUGGAUAGUAUAUUUAGCUUGACGUGUGUGUAACAAUAAUAGGAUAAGAAAGGAACAAUAGCAAUUUAGCAUCUUCACUAUAUUUAUCUGGUACCUACUAAAAGAAGUUCAUUUUAAAGGCUCAUUUACACUCGCCAUAUGUAUGAAAAUGUACACGUCCAUUUCAAACGAUGGUUCUGUCACUGCCCACAUACUUUUACGCAUCCAUUACGUUGGCAUGGAUGUUAACCAUUACAAAAACUAAAAAGUGUCUGAAAACAACAAACAAAAAGAAACAUGGCGACUGUGGAGGAGUAAAUGAUAAUGUAUAUUUUGAAUAGAAGACAGAAACAGAGGCGGUGUUGAAGGAGGUGGUGGUCAGUCAGGCCACUAAAUGCCUAGCGGUUGGGGAACGGAGAGUUCUUUUCUGUAGUAGUACCGAUUAGAGAAAUUGAUGACGAUCCUCAAAAAGCCCUGCCAUUGUCUUCUUCGUUGCGCUCUAGAGUUGCGUAUCAUGUAGUGACAGCAGCAACACUGCCCCCUUGGUUUCUGGUGGUACUGCUGCCUCUGGCCAGUAUUUAUAAACUUCGAGGAUACGUGCAAAAAUACGGACAGAGAGCUCCGUCUGUAUCUGCAUCCAUAUGUAACACUGACCAUAAAUGAGCCUUUAGGCUGCGUAAGAGAGAAGCUUUAACAUGCAGUCUUUUAAAUGACCAACAGGGGGCACCUUAGUUGGCUAAAAAAAAAAAACUAGCUAGAUUAGGAGAUGGCCAGUUUACUGUACACUUGUGACCUUGGAAAAUGUAUUUUUUUAAUACUUUACUGUCUCAGUAGCUACUUUGAAGUCUGUAGUAACUUAGUGUCCCUGUUAGCGUGAUAUAGACCACAAUCCCAGAACCCUUCAGCGAACAUUGUCUGUUGUUAUCUCAUACAUAGAGAAAUGGAUGCUGACUUUUUAGUAAAUUCAGUAAAAACCAGUUGUUAGGAAAACAUAGGGCCGAUACCUCUUUCUCCACACGGUGUCUACAUUUGAAAAAUAAACUCUGUCAUUUCUUGGUCCAGUACAUCCCACAAGUAUUGCCCAUUCAUUUGUUACAGGUAGUGUUAUGUUGAGGUUCAUCAGUAGACACACUUACCCCACUCAGACAUACUUACUAAAAUUUUUGAUAAUAUUGCUGAUUCAAAAAUGUUAAAUUUUCUGUAUCCAUUCUGCAUCCAUGCUUAUUUUAUAGUUAGAUGUAAAUGAGGAUCAACAGAGCUUGAAAAACAUGAUAAUUAAUCCAGCAGGGCAGAAGAUCAAAGAAGUGCAUCAGUUAAUGAAGGCGGGAAACUGAAAGAUAAACGAUCAAUGGCUGAACUAGAUCAGACGACACUUUGUACAUGAAGGUGAGCCUGUUAAAACAUGCCCAGAGCAUUAGCACUACAUUCACAUUCAAAGCGCUCCUAUUAUAGUCGUACAGUAUGGGAUGAAUUUAAAUGUGGUGGCUGGAGAACAAAGCGGUGACCUAUUUACUAUGAGCCAUAUGUGGAGCAUUGAUAUCUUCAUGAGCCGUAUCAAACUCCUGUAUUCAUGCACAGAUAAAAACUGAGUUUUUUGGUUUAAAAAUAAAGACAACAAAUCAAAUGUUGAAACAAACGUUUUAUUCUUUCAUAAAAAAUACAGUGCGUGCUCAUGUAACUCUAGGAUCAUUGCAGGACAGAGGCAACCAGUUUCUGUGUUAGUGCAGGAUGUUGUUCCAGGAUAUUGGAUUUCAGCUGCUCAACAGCUCAGGGUCUUCUUCAUCAAGAUGUGACAAACCUGUUCAAGUUGGGGCCAGAGACAUGCUGUUGUAACACGCUCAGACUGUAGCUCAGCAUCCUCUUGCAGGGUGGUUUCCAACUGUCUGGGUUCACAAUUAUGAAGUUCUGGAUCAUGUCUGUGUCCUUGUAGUGCCCUCAAGAUUUACAGUAUCUAGAGUUUUGCCAGUCCCCUCAUGUUGACAGAGGAAGCUUAAAUUACCUUACUAAGUUUGGGCCAGUUUGGAGGUGAUAUUGUAAACAAAUAUUUGUUUACUGCAGAUCAGAAACAACUUAGAUUAGAGAUUUCUAGCUCUUACAAACGUCCCCUGGUUACCUGCUGCAUCCUGAAGUUGCUAAUAUCAUCCAAACUGACUGAAAUGUUGUUUCUAAUGUGUCCAGGACAGCACUGAAGACCUAACCUUCCACUACUGGGCGCUGUUCGACGGCCACGCAGGCUCUGGCGCAGCAGUAGUGGCUUCCCGCCUUCUGCAUCACCACAUCGCCCUACACCUUCAGGAGGUGAUGGAGAUCCUCUGCGCCCCUAACCUGCAGCCUCCAACGUGCCUCGGGGAAGAGCCUAUCAACCACCUCCUCACCCCAACGUCGCAGCGGGCCCUCACCAGAGCUGCCUCUCUCCGCGGUGCUGCAGGGGCUCCGGGGUCGCCCAACCCCACACCCACGCGCUUCUUCACAGAGAAGAAAGUUUCACACGAGAGCCUGGUGAUCGGAGCCAUUGAGAACGCUUUUAAAGACAUGGUAAGAGGAAAACGUGAAGUAGGAGGUUAUUCAGUAUCAAUAAAAGUGCGUAUAUGAGUGAUAAGGGAAGUAAUGGUCCUUUAAAAAUAACAACAUAACUCAAACCUAACUUCCACAAAUGUUUGCUAUGUCUUUUAUUUUCCCUAGCAUGCUUUUUACUCACCUUUUCAUACACAACAUGCUAGAACUUGAAAAACUAGUACAAUUUAUGAUCGGCUGCCUCAGUUAUCAAUGACCGUGCACUACCAGAGGAAAGCUUUUAGUCAUGUAACAUCCAUUUGCCACUAAUUACUAACUAAGUCAAUAUUUAUUGAUUCUUUGUGUUUGGACUGAGGAGCCAAAUGCACACAAGUCACAAAGCUUCCUGCUUUAAUGAAGACGAACAAACAGAAGUCCUUCCUUGUUAAAUGAUGGAUGCGGUACAUGAAGUGAAUCAUAACACAAGCAUCACGGUUUGAUUUUAUGGCAUCAGACUUAAAUCCUGUGAAAGUUUGAGGACCUUUUUCUGUUAACUUGAAAUCCAUCAGAAAAUUAACCAACAAAUUCAAGUUUUGAUAUGUCCAACUCUCAUUGGUUUCAGCUUAUUUAUUGCAAGAGCGCUUAGGAGUUUUUUUUUUUGUACUCAACAAUAUUUUUAUUAGUUUUUACACAAAGGAAACACAUCACAAACACCCCCUUUCCCCCAAGACCCUGUCUACUGCUGGAUAUUCCUAUUACUGUACUUAAAUAACAAAUUCUGGAGCUAAAACAAAAUAAAAAAAAUGCAAGGAAGUGUUGGAAUUCAGGUUUUGUAGAUCUUGAAAUAUAUAAGACGCUGAAGAAAAAAAAAAGAGAAUAAGUUAAAUGAACUACUGUACGUUAAGAGAAAUACAUAUGUGGAUAAGUCGCUGAAAACUGAAAAAGUCCAUAAAGGUUUUUUUUAAUGUAAUGAAAUUGACUGGAAUUUAUUUUGAUGCCUCUUCAUAAUAUACAAGAGCAAACAAGACCAUCACCAGCAAGAUUGUCCACUUUUUUAUUGUAACUUUUCAUGCCUAAAACUGGUUUGUGUCUGCUGAUCAGCUGCAGAAACAGACCAAUUUUUACAAUUUCCACAUCAAAUAUUCACAAUAAGUGAUAUCUUUAUUAUUUUAACAUGUAGUGGACAAAAACAAACAAAGACUGCUUCGUCAACAGAAGGUGAAAAAUUGAGACAAACUGGAAGUUCCUUACAGGAGCUUUAAUUUUAUGAUUUCAAAAAGUGUAAAAUUUAAUUCAGGUGCUCAAAAGGAACUUUGUUAGAAAGGGGGAAAAUAUAGAAACACUAAGGUAGUAAAUAACCCGACAAAGCAGGUUUAUUGGACAGACUCCUUGACUCAUCGCACUUGUUCCUGGUCAGAGAAUGAGCAGGAACCAAUGAGCAUCAUUUGCACAUGGCUUUUUGAUAUUUUUGUCUUUCUUUAUUUGUGGUUUUUGACUUUGAUUUGAUAGAUUUUCGUUUUUUGUGAAGUAUUUACUAUAUAGCUCUAAGUUAACGUGAAACCACCUGUAGUGUCCCAGAGAGAUAAGCAGACUUCUUAUUGGCCACGUCAGGUUCAUAAGGUGAAAAAUUUAAUUCAGAUAUGAUAAUACAAUACCAAGUUUCUUUCUUAAUUCCUAAUGUGUGACUGUGUCCCUCAAACUGAGAGCAGCUGGUACCAGUCAGUCAGUAAGUCAGUCAGUCAGCAAACAGCCAGAUAAGUGAUUUACUUUCUCCUCCUCGCUGCCUCAGUCACACACUCACGCCAUCUGGCCGCUCAGUAAGUGGAUGUUGGAGACUUAACUCAUGCAGAGGCCAAGAGAUCAAAACCGCGGCCAAUCAAAACAGUGCCGUCCCGCUAGACUGGCUCUUAGAGGGGAGAGGUCGAAGGUCAACCUGGCCUGAGUUUCAACAUCAGUGUUUCAAACAACAGGCUCUGUUAUUUUUGUCCUCUGCCGGGUUGUAGGGAACGAGUGAUCUUAUGAAACAUUUGACUGUGGGAUUAAACCAAAGAGGUUUUACAUGUUGUGAAAACAGCAGACACAGUACACAAACAAGAGGCAGAUAACACAUCCCUGUAACUUAGAAAAAAAAGACCUCAACUGAUGCCAAAGUACAAAAACCCAACAACAAACAAAAUAAAAAGAGUAUUUUUACAAUCAGAUUUCUACCUUUAAACAACGGCUACCAUCCCAGCAACUACAUUUUCUGGGGGCAACAGAAGUUCAGAGAAUAGAAUAGAAUAGAAUAGAAUAGCCUUCAUUUGUCUUUAUGCAGGGUUUAUAUGUAAUGAAAUAGGAGAGGUGUGUUUCGAGAUAAAUGUAAAUAUGUUUGACUGUCUGGCAAACAAUCUUAAAAAUGACUAGCACGUUUAAAGAAGGCAAACAAGCAAUCAGCAUCACAAACAAUGGCAUGAAAUAUUCAAAGAUUCACAGAAUGUUCAAUCUUGCAGAGAGGCGUUUGCACGAGGAUUGCAUACAUGUGCAUGUUUGUAAGGGUUAUUGCACAUGAGAGUUUAAUCUAGUAAUGGCACAUACACAUCAACGCUGCUUUUCUGGAGCUUCAUGUCGAGAUGUUUUAAUAUGACUUUGACUCCCUUUCAAAACAGAUUUUGAUUGAUCUGUGCAAAUGUACCAUCUUUAUAUUUUUUUAUAUGAAAUUUAUGGUGUCAUGAAUGACAGGAAUUAGACAGAGGUAGAGAAAACUUUGCUCAGGAUUGUGGAUGAAAGCUCAGACUGUGAGCACCCAGAUAAUGAGAAAAUAAAGACACAACAUGUAGGGUGUAAUUUCAGACAACAAGGUUUUAUAGAGUACUAGUUUGGCUCUUGGGGGCUCGGUUUAAGUUGUAUAAUGUUCGAUGUCACUUAUCAACCAAUCAGUCUUUGUUUAUAAAGCCCCAAUUCACAACAAAUGUUAUUUAAAAAAUGCUUCACAAAAAGAGCUGAUCUAGAUCAUGCUCUUCAGUAUAUUUACAAAGACCCAACAUCAAGACGGGACAAGAUCAAGUCCCAUCUGGUGAGAUCAGAUCCACUGCUAUCCUAUCUUAAUCCACCGUGAGUGAAACACCUGAGGAAAUUCUAAACCUUUGGCUUCAAAAGCCUCUCACCAACGAACACAAGUUCAGCUGGUUUGACUGAAAACAGUGGUGAAACCACAGUGAUGUUGCACAUGUUGAAGAAUUUUUUUCCUCCCUUAAAAAAGUGAAUCUAGUGUUGAAUUUUGAUCAUUUGGCCUGGCAUGGAUCUGGAAGUAGGAAACAAAAAAAUUCAAAGCUGCAUAAGUCUUAAAGGAAGUACAACAGAAGCAGGGAUUGAGACGGGAGGGAGCUACAAAUUAACACCAAAAAAAGACACCGCAAUUGUUCAGAUCACGCACAAGAGUUAACAGGCAGUGUGCAGAAGCAAUUCACAGGGUCCGUGAAGGUGAAUCUUUUCAGAUCUUAUCCUCAACAUCGUCAAUAUAACCAGCAUCAACAUCAUCAAGAGCAUUGGUAUCAAUAAGUGCAGAUAUUUUCAUUAAGAGCAGGAUAUCUCCAAAACAAAAUCUCCAUUUGAGUUUAAAUUUAGAAUGAAAGAGUGCAGAUCAACCUCAUCAGAGAAUAGGAUUUUCACCAUAUCCUGGUGUUACCUUCUUUUAACCACUAGAUGGCGGUGUGCAGUUAACUAUUCAUACCACACUGCACGGCCAUAAAAAGAAAAAAAUACAGUAUUUUAUUCCUCAAGGUUCAGUGGUGUCUAAUUUAUUCUUUUUAAACUUUGAAUGAAAUGUUGAAUUUUUUUCAUCCAUAUAUUUGAAAAGCAGAUGUGAAUGAAAUAAUCAGUCUGCUAUGAGGAUUUAAAGAACAGCCAUUUUACUGCAGUGUGUAGAGUGUAAACAAAAGUCGUUUAUUAUUCAGUAGAGGUCAGUUUUUAAGCAAAGCUGACUUCAUGUAACUCUAUCUUCUUCUAUCAGGAUACAUAAGCAAGUAAACAUUCAGACUCUGUAAUGUAAUAGAUUUUUCUUGCCUCUGUUUCUUUCCUUUCAACUUUUCAAAGUCAAUUAUCUGCACUCUCCACUAUCAGCAAACAUCUACAUCUCCUUCUGCUUCCUGUCUCUCCUCUCAAAUACCUCUCUGGCUCUUUUAUCCAGAUCUGAAUCUGCUCUUUUUACCUUAUGGGCCCUCUCGCUUUCUUAAAGGGCAAGUGCACUAAAAUCUAUGAUACACACAGAGGAUAGUGUCACAGCGUAUGUACAUCAAACUAUAAAGUUUAACGAAGCUGCACAAUUAUGGUUUGAGGGUGCUCUUUAAGGUACUUUCAGUCCAUUCCUCAGUGCUUCAUGGUUUUCUCAGUGGAGACAAUGUUUACCCUGUACCCAUUGGCUCUAAUUACAGUAUCUGUUUCUCUUCACAACUGUUUCUUAUUUUUAAACCUAGAUGCAUCCUGUCUCGUAUGGUAGACGCUUCAAAGACGUAAACAAACCUGCUUUUCUUCUCAAAUUCAAACUCAACUUAAUUUCCAAAGAAGCCCAUCCUUUAAGAAAAUUGGAGGUGUUAUAAUCUUGGAAAGGUUAACUCUAAAUCUCUUUCUCUUAAGUUCUUUGAGUCUCUAAGUCUUAUCAGCAGAGUCCGCCUCUUAUUCUCCUCCAACACGACUCACUGCGUUCUCAUAAAGUAGCUGUGUGUGUGAGUGAAGCCGCUACCGGAGCCUGAGAAACACUCAGAGAUCUGUAAACAAAUAAGAAAAAGCACGCUCAAUGUUCGUCAGCCAAACUGCUGCCGGGUUUCCUUCAGACAUUUGGUGGGUUGAGCUUGCUAGCCUUGUAUGAUCCUCGACUAUGGGGUUAGUUAGUAUCGGUAGCUGUCUACCCCGUAUGCCACUGUGUUUGUCGUCACAUUGAGCUGUACUGAUGCAGACUACCCGUUUUUGUCUGCCCGCUGUGCGAUUCAUUUUGUGCGUCAUUUGCUUUACCAUUUGGGAAAUUUGCUGCUUAGCCUCCUUUUUUAUAUUUAGCAUCCAUUUAGUGUCAGGCAAGAGUGGAAAAUGUUGAAACCUAGCAUGGCUACCCUUUAAGUCACAGUAUUUUCUUCAUUAUUUCUGGUUUGUUUAUCAGGUUAAGGUUACCAAACAGACAGAGAGAUGGAGAGACACUGACCGUAAAGAAAUAACCCUGCAUAUAAAGUGUUAAAUAUAUAUUCAGCCGUAAAUUUAAGUUAUGGUCAAACACACCAUAACACCGAGUCAGACACUCAGACAAGUCAAUCACAGAGUGCAGUGGAUCAUUUUCUGCUGUAGCGUCUCAGUCUGAUUGCAUUUCCAUGAAGUAAUAAUCAUAAAUGUUCUUCCUAGAGCUGUGAAACUCCGCUGCACUCGUCGAUCGACUCGUCAGUUCUCCCCCACAGACUAGCAGCUGCUGGACGAGAGUAGUUGAGUUGUGUUUGGUCUCUUUGCUAAAGAAAUUAGGCUAUAUAGUGGCAUUUUGGUUGAGGUUUGUGCGUGGAGAUCGCUGUGUAUUGCUAGAACUAGAGAAGCAAGCGGUCGGCAACAUUCAUCUCUAGAGGGGGGGGUGUAACUUGGCGCUGUGGUCUGUUGACCAUAACUUAAAUUUACGCUGGAAUAUCCCUUCAAGAUUGCCACACUGACUGCCUUAUUUUGAAUGUGUAUUUACCCUGAAGCCUUACUCUACAUGGAAAUUAUUACUCCUAAAAGUCAACCAUCUUCAGUUUAGCAGAUUUUCUUUCUUAUUGAUGAAGCUAAACUCUCUAUACCCCCCUGUAGAAGUCUGUGUACCUAGCUUAGCCAAGCAGUUACUGCAGAAACUUCAUGUAGGCAUGAAAUUAGUUUUUCUUUGUCUGUCUAUAGUGGCAAUGAAGUUCACAAAGUUCAGGAUGUUAAAGUGUAAUGACUUUUUGAAGAGCUCUAGAAAUAUGUUUGCUAGCAGCUCUCUUCAUAUUUGUUACAGUACUGGCACCCUCUGGCAUGAGACUCCACUCGCUGUUCCUUAUUAUUCUCUAAAGUUUCUGUAACUCCAAGCAUUAGAUCUUGUAUUUUCUCUUAGCUUACUGCAAAUGAACAAAAAAUCAGGACAUCUUUCAAAAACAAGAAACAUGACGGUCCAAACUGCGUCUAGUAAAAACCAUCAAUGAGUGAAUGUUUACAGGCACGCUGGAAGGUACGUAGAUGUGUGGGUUGUCAGCAGGAUAUUAAUCCUCAAUAUUGAAGAAGUGACAUUAGCUCAUUUUCCAAAUAGAUUUUGCCCAAAGGUCCUCCUUUCACUCAGAAACAGCUGAUAUGCAAUAGAUUUGGCUGAAAUGAUUAAUCCAGUUAAUUACCUGUCUCACUUUCCAUCAUCAAAGUUUUCCAUCUUUUCCGACGUUCAGUGUAGUUCUCUCUCUGUUUUUUUUUUGUGAUUUGAGGUUUUAAAGCUUGAAGCUUUAAACAGAUCAGUUACAGAUCAGGCUUAGAUGUAAAAGUAAGAAACAAAAUCCAUAUUGUUUUGCAUUUCAAAGAUGUUGUUUUAUGUGCUGCAGCGGAUUCUAGUCAGUAAAGAUUAUUCCUGCUUUUUCCUUUCUCUCAUUUGUCACUGUACUUGCAAAUUGUGGUUAUUUUUACUUGCUUGAUGAUCUUAAGCUUAUGUUGUGGUGUGAUGGGACAUGAAAUUUUGCAUUCCCUAGUUUGAUGGUCUCAGCUUGUGAAUUUUUUCUUCUUUUAGAGAAACCGCAAAGCUCAGUAUAAAGAAAAAUGUACCCUGUUUUUACUUUACUAGAAUAACAGGCUGGUGGUAAGAGAUUUGUAGGUCUGAGUCUCUCUGCCUUCCAGUUAUCCAUCUCCGUGUUAAAAUUCAUCCUGGUGGAAGUGUAGGAGAAAGGUGUACAUGUUUAUGCAGACGCUUUCAUUAUUAAAGACUUCAGCCUGCAGCAAGACGUGUUGGAUGCAGUAUGGAAAAUAUGUAUGGCUCACUAUGGAUUUAUGAUUCAUUCAGAGUGAAGGACGCAUUUGCUCAUUCUACCCUGCACACAUAUCCAUCCUUCAUACUCCAUCCUAAGAAAUGUGUACAGCAGCAACAGGGGAACAUGUGUGAAUGUGUUCAUCAGGUUGACAAGGAAGAGUCUCAGUAUAUAAAACACGAGUGCAUCCGAAACAUCCUGAUUGUGUCGCUUUCACAAAAUUUUCUGCAGAAAAACAUCAAGAAAACCUGCAUGUAGGGCUGGGCGAUAUGGGAAAAAGUUUAUCAUGAUAUUUUUUUUUCAUAUCAGUCGAUAUCGAUAUAUAUCACGAUAUAAAAAAUGAAAUUUGACAGUGCUUAUUGGUAGCAUGUCUUUUGCAAUACAAUAAGCUACUGCAUCUGUGAGGUCUUUGUGUAUCUUUGACGUUUGUUGAAAUGCGUUGCACCAGAGAAAGCAGACUUAAUGGUGGGCUGUUUCUGCUGCACAGGCACAGGUUUGUAACUUUUUGCAUUGCAUGUGGCACUGUCGUGUGGCACUGCUUCAGGUGGUGAAGAAGAUUUGAGGUAUUCCCCGACUUAGUGUGAACAUGUACUCGCCAUAAUUUGCAGUGCACACGACUCUGCUUCAUGUUUGACCUCAAAAAACCUAAAUACCUCCACACCACCGACGUUUUCGUGCCAAUGAUGUCAUCAUCUGUUGAGUCUUCAUCUGCAUUUCUGCCUGGGGUAGCACUCAUUUUCUUUUUUUCUCACCAACAGUGCUGUUGGCUUCACGUGCUAUAGUUGCGUUUAGCUGCAACCUGCUACUUGCUACUUGGUUCUAAUUCAGCACAUGAUUGGUUCAGUGCAAAGUGGACCCGGAACAACUUCCCUUUUCAUUGGCUUUUUCUUAUAGUCUACCAAAACAUGGCAGAAUGCCGACUAUUAAAAAGCAUAUUGACCAUGUUUUAUAUUGAUAUUGAAGGAAAUUAAUGUUCAAUAUCAUUAUCGUUUUAUCGCCCAGCCUUACCUGCAGGUAUGAAGUCGUUUGCAGUUGCACACAUCCAGUCUCCCAGUUGAGUCAUUUUGACACACACACAAAAACAUCCAUGCGUACACACACACAUUUGUCUUUGUUUUCCAACGUAAGCAUCCAUUCAUGCACACAUGCAUUAAGUUGGACCACUAACUUACUGCAGCUGAAUGCAGAACAGCAAGAACACAAAAGAGUUAAAUCAAGUGUGUGCAGCUCGGUUCACAUUUACGUUAGCGUUUUGAUUAAUUCCCUGACAGGUUAAUUAUUCAUCUAAUUAAUGAACUGAUCGCAUGGGUUUUUUCAAAUCCCUUUUUUUUUUUUUUGUUUAAUUAGCAACAAAUUAAUCUCGGCUAAUUAACUGGUGUAAUAACCAGCAGUCCCUCCAAACUUUCUCUCCAAUCCUUUAGGUCUUUACGAGGCUUUAUUGCUGCCUGACUCAUGGUGCUAUUGAUGGAUGAAUUCAUUAUGGUGUUAUAAUUGAUAAUAGCAUCAUAGCAGCUUUUAAGUGCAAGGACAACAUUUCGCUCUGGUAUCAGGUUUCUGCUUAUAUGUGGUGUGCCGCUGCAGAUAGGGAGACGUUUUUGAAAGCUGUGAUGAUAAGAAACAUGAUGGUGGAUGGGUUUCAAUUAUAUACAUUGACCAGAAGAUCAAUAGACACUAAUUAUAUGUGUGUGUGUGCAUGUGUGUUUGUAUCCAGGAUGUGCAGAUCGAAAAGGAGAAGGCCGUCUACAACAUCUCAGGUGGCUGCACAGCACUUGUAGUCGUCUUUUUGCAAGGAAAGCUCUACGUCGGGAACGCCGGGGACAGCAGGUGAAAUACAAACAGAGACACACUCACAAACACACACACACGCGCAAACACAGAUAUACUAAAAAUAUUGAAAUCGUUCCUCCGCUCUGAACCUAUAGGAGUCUUCUUUCUGUCGCUCACAGCAGGAAGAACAGAGUCCCCGCUUAAAUAAACAGACUUGUGUUCUUUUUUUUUUUUCUGCUCCUCUCCCUCAGAGCUAUCAUCAUCCGAGCCGGAGAGGUCAUCCCCGUGUCAGCCGAGUUCACGCCGGAGUCAGAGAGACAGCGGCUUCAGUUUCUGGUAAGAAAGAGCCUCCCUCACCUCCUUUCUCGCAGGAACAGCUGUCAGAUAUUAGCAGAGAUGACCUCCCCUCCCGUUGAGACACCGCUAUGCUUAGCUCUGUCUCUUUUACACCACACGCUCUCUCUGCCAGCUUAAUAGACUAUGGAAUUGUUUUUCCUAUCCCUCGGGUAUGUCAAUGCUCUUCUUAUUCUGUCUUUUUUCUUCCUUUUUAUAUCAAAGGCCUACAUGCAGCCUCACUUAUUAGGGAAUGAGUUCACACAUCUGGAAUUCCCGAGGAGAGUCCAGAGAAAGGAGGUGGGGAAGAGAAUGCUGUACCGGGACUUCACCAUGUCCGGAUGGUGGGUUAACUCAUUCACAGAUAUUUUUAGAGACUACACUUGGGGACGUGUGGCUUUACAGCAGGAAUAAAUAUGUUUACAGUCUUUUUCAAAUGAGGUUUGGGGUUAGGAACUCAUUAAUUUGUGCACACCAGAGAUGAGGACUCGAGCUUGAGCCUCUAAUCUCAUAGACUUGAGAUCAGACUCGAGCUCUGGGUUGUAAUGUUCGUUGUCUCGAUAACGCCACAAGCUCGAUAUCAUUUCCUCUUAUCAGGCUUAACCUUACACUUCUGGUGCAUGACCGCUAUCUAAUAUUAAGAAGUGAACUGUCACUGCUGAGUUCGUAUCCCUGCAUAUGUUGUUAGUAGUGUUUUGCUCUGCAGGUGAUCUGAGAGAGAAAAACAGAGACACAGGAGGUCCCUUCUUUUAAUGUCGGCUAAUGACUGAUAUCUACAUUGAAUAUUGAACAUAAACCCUUCUCUUUCUGCUGUUUAGUGCAGCUGGUUGCUGUUGCUCUCAGUUUUUGAUCAUUAUAACAGGCGAUCAUUCACACAUGGAUCCUAAUAAGGAAACAUUAAAAACACUAGUUGUGUUAUUUGGGCCUCAAAUGCCUCAUCAGAAACCAAUGGGUGCUGUCACUGAGACUGUGUCCAUGUUUUAUACAGUUCAUGAUCAAAAUACAUCCUCAUCUGUAUCAGUCCAUAAACAUUUAUUGUAAAAAAACUCUUGGUCGACUAAAACCGUGAAAUUAUCGGCCAGAAAUUACCAAAUGGUGCUCUGACAGCAGACCCUUCUGUGGCGUGGCGUGGCGUGGCGUGGCGUGGCAGGGUGAAAAUUUACUGAUAUCAACAUGAGAAGGCAAUUCAACACAAAAGGCAAGUUGAAAUGAUCAAAAUAAAAACAAAUAUUAAGCAAAUCACAGGACGUUGAUUAACGUUGACGCUCUUCAGUGGUCCUGUCUCCAGCCGGUCUCCAGUGGGUUGGGCAAAUCCAAAAUGGUGAAAACAAGGGGGGUGUUCUGAGACAGGCUGUUAUCUGUGAAUAUAGACUGUCUAUACCAUGGACAACUUGGUUCCUCCUUCUGCCAGUAUACAGAUUUGAAGCCCAAAAACUUUCGAUCAUUACGCGUUUUUUCUCCACUUCCUGAAACCAUCAUAGCCCAGUAGCGUUGUACGCAUUCGGCGGGAGAGUCGCUGAGAGUCGCUGUGACGCUCGGCUCUAACAGCCCCAUAAGCUUUGCUGGAGGAGGCGGGAUUUAUGACCUAUACUGCAGCCUGUCACUAGAGGGUGCUGUUCUCGAAGUGGCUUCACCCAGUGAGGAGGCAGAUGCUGUCCAUUCUAUACAGUCUUUCCCUGUGAAACGGGGGUUCCCUGAAAACACCCCCAUUAGCACUCGGUACGUUCCUCCUGAUGAAAUUAACCAUCGAUUGUAAAUUGAUGCGAAAAAAAAGCGAGUCAACCAAUCAUAAUUUUGGUUGACUCAGCACGUAUCGACCAAUAAGCCCUAAAAAAAUACACUUUAGAGUAUAUGAUUUUAUAUCAGUAGUUAGUUUGUCCAUCUGAAACUGCUUAAACUUUGCCUCGUAAAUUCCUCUCAGCACUGUCCGCAGCACAGGUAGUACAACAUAAUAAUUAUAGCUGCACAAUUCGUCCAAAUUACUCUUAUAUUUGCUGCUCUGGCAUUUAUCAAUAGAUCCAUAAACCAGCAUUAGUUUCAGAAACGUCCAGUAUUGGUAAAGCUUUAAUCUCAAUGUCCAGCUCACAUCGCAAGAGGCACAACAUGCAGACCAGGCGGAUAAUACAGUACACAUUCAGCAUGUAUUGCAGUAACUCUCUCCUCUCUCUUCCUACUAAAUUAUUUAAAGCUCUAAAUAUGUUGUUGAGAAUACUGUUCCUCUCUUUUUCACAUCCGUAUACUUCCUGUGCUUCAGCCUGAAUCCAGUUAUGAGCCCUCAGAGAGAUGUUUUUAUGUAGAAAUCAUUCCUAUCUCACAGAAUUAUACCCUGCUAACGCAUUAAUUUUUUACAUUAUGUAUAUUUGAUUGACUUUUUUAUUUUUUUUUUGCUUUUGCCCAAAUGCAAAUAGCAAACGGUAAUCAACAAGUUCAGUGUGCAGCUGUUUUAAAAAGCCUUUCAGAGCCUCGUCGGUAGGAGUAGGCCAGGAAGUGGCCUUGACAUUUCUGCUUCUGUUGGUGAGAAGGAAUCCGUGGGCACAGCAAGGACUCGCUCUUUAUCUGACUGAAGGGAGAUUAAUAGAAAAAGUCAUGGAGAGAGAACUCAGUGAAAAAGGUGAGGAAAGAAGGAGAGGAGGUAGAUUAUUUGAAUGAAUUUCAUGAUGAAGACUUGGACAUGGAGAAGAGGAAUUUACUCCAGUAAUGGAGUUGGUUCGAGUUCUCUGGUGUUGGGCUCAGAUUGAUCGAAAGCUAAAGUAGAUGCACUUGUUCCACUUCAGUUAUUUAAAGCUGAAGUAUCUGGUUACUGUUAAAAAUGAGUGUUUAAAAUAUUAAGUCAUGUUACAGAAUCAGUGGACAGCAUAUAUAUUAACUAGAAUGAUCUCUGCGUGAACAAGUUACCACAUAAUAAUGCAGCUUACUUUAGUGCCAAGGUUUAUAACAUGUUGUACUGAUUCCAUGUUGGUUUUGCUGUGAAAGCAACUAUAAAUUUUAUAUUGAUUUUGGUGACCCUGUGGACAUAGCAGAUCACCUUAUCCUUUUGUCCAACAACAAAACUCAUUUUGGAUUUUAAUCGUCAAACUUACCACUGGCUGUUAAACUUAUAACAAAGGCUCUGUUGGUGUCAUAUAUUCAGUCGCCUCAGCUCUGACACUAACCCAGUGGCGGCUACGACGAGCAUUAAAAAUAACCAUAGAGAAAUAUAGAUUGUCUCGUUUGCUUCAUAAUGAGGCUUCAGUGUCAGUUUCAGUUUGCGCUAUCACCAGAUAAAAAACUCCUCAAAGUACAUUUGAGUACAUGGAAAGAAAGUCUUGAAAAAUAACUUUUACUGCAAAUAAUCUUAGUACACAAAUUAAUGUUUGUUGUUCAUAUUAUUGUGGGCUCUUAUUACUGAUGCAGCAUUUUAUAUGCAGUUGCUAGUGAAGGUACAGCUCAUUAUAAUUAGUUUACAUUAAAGCAGGAGUUAAAUCUAUAACUAUACCACGUGUCUUGGGGUGUAAAAACGUCAUAUGUUGAGUUCCUCUAGCUUCUAGAAAUAGAGUGAAAAGAACUUGACUUUUCUGAAGAGGCAUCAUGAAGCUGUUUCCAUAUUGGUAAUACCGACUCUAAUUUACUGAAGAAAAAGUGGAUUAGAUUUAUAACUGUAACCUCUAUAUUAGACAGAAGGUAAACAGUGGAUCUACUAGAUGGCGCUCUACUUUUUUACUAAAAGUUUAUGCCAUUUUUAAAAGUGUUAGGGUUUUGUGUGUUUUGUUGGUCUGGUUUGGACUGUGGGCGGCACAGUGGUUAGCACUGUCCCCUCACAGCAAGAAGGUCCUGGGUUCCGGGUCAGGGCGUUUCCUGUGUGGAGUUUGCAUGUUCUCCCUGUGUCUGCGUGAGUUUACUCCGGGUACUCCGGUUUCCUCCCGUAUACCAAAAACAUGCAGAAGUGAGGUUAGCUUAACUGGUCACUCUCAAAUUUCCUGUAGGUGUGAAUGUGAGCGUGGAUGGUUGUUCGUCUCGAUAUGUCAGCCCUGCAAUGAACUGGCGACUUGUCUAGGGUGUCCCCCUGCCUUCGCCCGAAGAUGCUGGGAUAGGCUCCUGCCCCUCCACGACCCUGGGAACGGGAAUAAGCGAUAGAAAAUGGAUGGAUGGAUGGAUGGAGGGGUUUGGACUGCUUGCAAGUCUUAUUUCUGAUUUUCUGGUGGGGCUAAAAUGUUUAAUCAGUAAAUGCAAACAAAAUGAACCCAGGAUAGGAAGAGUCAAAGUAAACAAAAUUAUCCUGGUGUAAUGAUGUAUAACUUAAAGCCUGAACAAAAAACGAAAGAAAAAAAAAAGAUUAUAUUCAGAAAUAUAUUUUUUAAAAUCGCCCUGUAAACAUGUUUAAUUGUAGUAGAAAUGAGUAUUUCUGUACGGGCUCUGAGGAGGUUGAUUUAGUGUUUCUGAGCCUGCCUCGUGUGGACACUUACAGGAACUGCAGUUUUUCACAUACCACAUUCGUUUUUUUUAUCCUUUCAUCCCUGCAGUUUUCGUCAGGUUAAAGUUAUUUCUGAAUAAGAAGCUCUUUUGCACACUACAUUUGAAAUGGUGUCAUGCUCACGUAUGCCUUGACGUGUAUUUGCACAUUUAAACAGUAGGUGCAGCAGGUGGAGAUGGGCUGUAUGUUUCCUGACAUCACCUCUUUGCGGUUGUGUGUUUUGCGGCGCCGCUCGGUUCGACAGAUGUAGGUCAGUCUGCAGCUGUGUUCCUUGUAGUACCCAGAACUCACAGCCUGUCCUCUGCCUGCUAACCGCCUCAGCAGCAGACGGCCUGUGAUGUAUUUUUAAUCAGGUUCUACCCAUAAACCAGUUCUGCUUGUUUCACCCGGACUAAGUCUGGGUCUUUUUGAAUUAGCACCCUGACAGCCACGGCUCUGAUUCGCAUGGAUGUGACUAACCGUGUCACCUCAUAUAGGUGCACUUCAGACAAUCUAUAGGUACGGAUGAUCUCUUUUUAAAGCCCAUGAACCUCCCUGUCUGUACAUGUUUGCUCCCCCGUCUGCAUGUGCAGCCAACAUACCCACAUGCUGCGUGUGCGUGGGUGUGUGCUGGCAUCCAGUUCCCUCAAAGGCACCCAUGAUCAAGGCCGCGCUCUAAUGAAGGCAUACAGGUCCACAGCCCACCUCUCUCUGUCUUCCUCCUCUCACUCAGUCAGUUGAACCAGAAUAGCCGGCGUUGGCGUUGCAAUCUGUAAUGGUAGUCACCUUGUGGCUUUUGUUUGCGAGACUUCUCAGAGUGAUGGAUGAUGAGUGGUUGGCCAUGUUCGACAUGAUCCAAACAACACAGCUAUAAAGCCAGGCAGUCAGGCGGAGGAAAGGUGAGGAAGAGGGUAGAGAAAGAGAGGGAGAGGACAGAGACGGAAUAAAAGAUGAAAAGUUACGGAUGUAAAUUGAGAUGAAGUAGGGGGAGAAAUUUUAAGAGAAAGAUUGGUGAGAUGCAAAGAAAAGAAGAAAAACAGACGGCAUGUAGGGACACAUAGGAGGGCAGUAAUAAAUGGAAAUAAACGGCCCUCAAGCUGUCUCUCUUUAGUGUCCCGCCCACUGGGGUGCCUGUCCUCCCCCUGAUCCUAUAGACGACAAAUGAGAGAAGGAGGGACCAACACACACUUUCAUCACUGUCACACAUUCUCCCUCCCCCUGCAGUUUCUCCUCUUCUUCUUUUGUCUCUUUCCGUGAUGCCUUUGUACCUCGACGACUGAUGCCUGUGCUGGGAUGCUGCCAUUAACGUCAGCCUUGUUCUGCUCCUGAAAGCACCAAUCAAUCAACACAAAGCCCAUCAACAUCGGCCAGAGAGUUUAUUUGAACCCAACUGUUGAUUGCUCCAAUUUGUCAGACUUAUCCGGUGCUGAAACAGAACCCUGUCCACAAUGUCACCUCCAAGUCUGUGUUUGUGUGUGUGAGUGUGUGUGUGCAGAGAGAGAGGUAUAUAAAAGUGAGUACUUAGACAGGAUGAUCGGCACACUAGGGAUAGAAAGAUUUUUGGAAUAACUUGAGUAACUUAAUCAUAAAAGAGCCUCCAGGUUAAUAGUUUGUGCUCUUAGAGACGCCUGCUGCAUAGAGUUGGAGGAGGACCAAGGGUUGUUUAAGCAUUUAACUGUUUGUUUUAUUAGUUAUAACACUCAUGUCAUAACCUAUGAGUCCAAGAAUAAAUACUCUAUGUUUAUUUCUGUUUUCAAAACCUAGCACACGCAGCGGACUUUACUGCCUUUACUUCAUCCUGCCAGUACAAGAGUCACCUUUUCACUGUCUUUCUUGAAAAAAAAGUGAGAGUUCAGCUGUUAAAAAUCAGUAGAGAGAUCCUGUAGCUUUUGUUGCACAGACUUGGACACCUGUUAGCACUCAGUUCAUCUCCGCUGCUAAGCAUUGGGCGUGUCUAGACCUUUUACUUGGAGCACAUAGGAAGAGUUAGCCAGGGUAUCUGUGCUUCACUGUCUAAUUUAUACUUUAAGGACCAUCACUUGAGUGUCAAUGUUAUAUUUCUGUAUAUAAUUUUGGCAUAUUUUAAUAAUUUUGUAUAAUAAGUAAGUAUCUCCACUUCGAGGGAUCUGGACUUUUUUCAAUACAUGCACGAUUCAUAAUCUUCCCUAACAACCCGUAGCCUUGGGUAUCCAAAUGACCAAUGGAAAGACAUUGUAUGACAUUAUCUUUUCAACAAGUAUCUCCAUUGGGUGUCGAAAGUGUCAACAAAGCACAAAUCUCCUGUCCUGGCCCUGCGUUGUCGUGUCAGAAAACAGACUUUACUCUGUGACACUCAUCACAGUCCAGGGUAACGCUACACUAAUAUCCUCACAUCAACUGGUGCCAACCUAAAACUUUUUUCUAACCAUGACAGUGUUGUUUACCUGUACGUUAGAUUUCCUAAGCUGAAGUUCAUCCCCAGAGGCAAAGCUGCCGCUGUUUUCUGUCUCACACUCGAUCGCUGACACAAAUGCAUGUUAAACUGGGAGUCGCGACUCAAAAAGGUUGACAAACAACAGACGUAGGACCUAAAGACUCAGGGAUAGCUUCUUCCCGAGAGCUAUCAUUGCAGUCAACAACAAGUCUAAUUGAACCUUCCCCCCUUAACCAACAUAUAUACUGAUCACAUUGAUCAUAGUGCAAUAAAUGCAUCAUUAACACUGGGCUUCACUUGUGCAAUUAUCGGGUUUCAUAUCAUUCAUUCCUGUUUGUUAAUAUUUUAUAGUGUAUAUCUACAUAUUACUGCCUUUUUACUUUUCUCCUUCUUACCGUAUCUUUGUGUUUUAAAUGGCUUUCAUUUUAGGAUUUAUUUAUUACUUUUGCUAUGCACCAAAGGGAGUGGCGCUCAAAUUUCGUUGUACUGUGUACAAUGACAAUAAAGGCGAUUCUGAUUCUGAACCAAUGUGAUGUGUGAAAAUGUAGGAUUUGCCUGCUGUCAAUAGUUAAUCAACAUUAGUGGGACAUAAACAGGACACUCGAAGCUUGUAAAUAACCGAACAUCAUUGGAGCGUGUUAUUAAAAAAACACCAUCACUCACAACUCAAAGCACAGAAAUCUGUUUAAAAUAUCAAACAGGUCACUGAUGACUGCGUUAAUAAAGAUUUUGAUUUCAGGUCCUGAUUGUGUCUAAUUACAGUGUUUUGGGUUUAUUCUGUAAAGUAGUUCAUGAAUAAAACAGUUUUUUAAUGUUCCUGAAAAGAGCGAAUUGUAGUAGAUACACAGUAGACACACUGCCAUAAUCGAUGAAAUACCCAAUGCUUAUGUUUCCCUUUUUCACCAAGAGGAGCUGACAUCACUCCUGCCCACUUCUCAUCACCUGCAGAGACAACAAUACACCCGCCUCCUCCACUCGGUCUAUCUCAUUCAGUCAUGCUCUGCAACACAUAAGGAUGUCCAAUUUUUUUUUUUAUUAUUCCUCUUGACUGUGAAAGCACUUAGUGUUGUGGUCAAACAGUGGAGUGUUUAAACGCACUUUUCUCUCUUGCCUGGUCUCAAAGCAGGGAGAGCGUAUUAUAACAGGCUUAAUGUGUUUGUCUCUCUUCCUGUCACACACUUGUUAUCCCGGGUCUGACUGGGUGGAUUUUUCUGUAAACACAACUCUCAGGAGGGGUACUGUCCCUGACAGCAGGCUCUGGGGUAUUCUUUCGAGACAUCUUUGAAUAAGGACAUGAAGUGUGUCUCUGCUUGCAGUGUUCACAUCUUGAAGGUGAAAUACUAAAAAAGAAAAGAGCGUUUGAAGCAAAAGAGUUGGCGUCUCCUUUUAUUUAAAUAUAGAAAUAAAGAAAGAAUUCCCCCUAGUUCAAUUACUCUCUGUUUUAGUGCUCAGAUUAGGUGUUGUGUCAUCAAACUGCUGCUUUAAAGGUCUUUCCAGUCCAUCAAAAACUGCAAACAUUAGUAAGAAAACUACAAUCCUCUACGGGUCGUUAUUUUCUGCUCUGAAAUGUCUGAGGCUGCAGACUGUAUUUCUGUGUUUGCCAUGAUGGUCCUCGCUCUGCACACUGUUUGAAAAGUGCUGAGAGCAGCAGUAUAUCGCUCGCCUAAGGUGGAAACAUAUGGUCUCUCUGAGUGGAACCAGCAGUAAUGUUAAAACCAUCCCAGUCGCUGCUAAUCUUCUUCACAGCAGCUGAAAUACAUUGGAUAAGGUGCAGCAAGAUAUUUAGAAAUAUUAGCAAGAAUCUGUUUCAAACUGCUUUUAAUUAGACGUUAUUUUUUGUACAACUUUAUUAUUAAAAGCAAUUAAAAUUCACUUUAAUUUUACUUUUUGGAUAUUUCUGCUUUUGUAUCCACUGGUUUCAAGGCUAAAACAGAAAAUAAUUAGUAUUUAAAUCUCAGAUUAAUUUGUUCUGACAGAGACGGAUUUCUCUAUUUGUUGCAUCUGCUGUGAGUUAAAAUGUAAAACUUCAUUCUCAAUCUUUGGAAAACGGCUGAAGUUUUAAUUGUUUCUAGUUUAUUCAAAAGUAAACCUGUGCGGGUUGAAGUGAAGGGUUUGCUGUGAGUUUCUGAGCCGUGGAGGUAAGAACUGUAUCGUCAGACCUGGCAUGAACACAUACAGUAUUUUCUCUUCGUUCUGCAGCUCCGUCUGGUCUCAGCCUGAAGAUGGUAAAUUAUUCAUCGGCAUGGGAAGUUUAAACACUGCUCUGAGAGCGGGGGAAUGUAAACGUGGAUACUCUUGCAUCAUUCAGCUGCUUUGCAUCUAAAACCCUCAGAAGCAUGUCUGCACACAUACGCUCUCAUCUGCAGGAGUAAUCGAAGAGAGUCUCAUACAUGCGUAGGUGUCUCACUCUUUGUCACGGGGGACAGUUUUUCAAGUUCAGUGAGGGAGCAAAGGAGAAGUGUGCUAUGGGUCUGUGUUGAACUCUUUGUGAUGUCUGGGUGGAUUUUUUUUUUCUUCUCACUCGCUCCAUCUUUCCACACCGGUCGCCUCGGCAGCAAGACUUUGCAGGAGAUGGAGAGGCGAGGUCUCUCCAGGGCAUGUGUAUGCAGACUGCCAUAAACCUAAAACUCAUGAAAGUGUCCUCUCUCUCCUGUGCAGGGCGUAUAAAACCAUUGAUGAUGAUGACCUGAAGUUUCCCCUGAUCUACGGCGAAGGCAAGAAGGUAAGACACAGUCUCUUCAGCUGCUUGCUGACAGAGUUACUCCCACGGCCUUGUAUGUCUUGACGGUAAUUAAGGCUCACCGUGGCGCCGUUACUCAAAUCUCCUCCCCCCACCACCACCAGCACCACAGUAUGAAGUACUGUGUGAAGUGUGAAGUAUCUCCUAUAGCACAGAAAAUAUCUGAUCUGAUUCACCACACCGGGAAUGAUGCAAAUAUACGACGCGAAAUUACGAAAUAUUCAGAGGCGAAGUUUGACGCGCCUGACUACACACAUCAAGCGCGAUGCGAUUUUGCAGCUUUACGGGGGUAAAAAGACGCAUCCAGGGUGGAAGCGAGAAGACUGACACAACAGCAGACUGACUGUUUUUCAGUUCUGAUUAGACACUAGUAUUGAGAUGUCUGUCUGUCAUGAUAGCAUGUACUGAGUCGGGGCCAGUACCAGAUAAGCACAUUAAACUAUAAUCCAUAAACAUAAGGGAACAACCGAGACCUAACGGUGCUGUGACAGCAACACGGUUGAGUUUGAGACAGUGAAAAUACAUAUGGUAUGUUGUAUCUGAACAGGUUAGCUUACGAGCUAAAGUUACUUAGCACAGAUGAAAGUUAAAACAAAAACGUUUAACAAACUGUUAAAGCACACAAACCAUCGUCAUAUGAGAGAUCCGACGCUAUGACUCUACACAAGUUGUCCUUCAGGUAUCUUUGAAAUGUUUGUGUUUUUUACGACACAUAAAUGAUCAGCCAGUCGGCCAUGUUGGAUAUACCGGUGAAUUUGACAUAGCAACAACACGAAAUCUGAUUGGUCAGAAGUGGACACACAGUAUGUGAAACUUUAGCAAAUUUGACCAAGAUCCGAAAAAAUAAAUGCUGCAAUAUCGCAGGAUUGGAUCGUAUUGACAGGAUAAGAGUUCGAAAAAAAAUAUUGACGUCCGAAAUACUCGCAUGAAAAAAACGCUCCCAGUGUGUAAGGACCUUAAAUCUCAAUUUUUUUCGAUUGAACUGAAUCCACACUGAGUGGUGGUAUGAGAUUCUUAUAAACAAUAGACUAGGGCUGGGCGAUAAAAUGAUAAUGAUAUAUAUCGUAAAUAGCGCAAUGCAUUACGAAAAAACACCGAAGAGACCUUGCAGAUGCAGUAGCUUACUGUAUUGCGGAAGACAUGCUACCAAUAAUCACUGUCAAAUUUCAUUUUUUAUAUCGUGAUAUAUAUCGAUAUCGACUGGUAUGAAAAAAAUAUAUUGUGAUAGACUUUUUCCCAUAUCGCCCAGCCCUACAAUAGACACUCAGGUUUUUGAGGGACUCAAGAUCCAGAGCUCAAAAUCACAAUGGUCAUCCUACCUUGGGCACGAUGUUAGAGGAAAACAGCCACUCAGCAGGUGCAAGAUAACACUCAUGCAACUUGCAGGUCAAAGGUGAAACUCCUCGUGGUUUCUAACUAUGUGAGAGGGACAAAAAGUGUCCAAAAAGUGACAUAUGUUAAUUGGAUUAUAAUGUCACACAAACGCUGAUUUGUAAGAGAUCCAUGUGAGUAUUUUGACAGGAAACAUAAAAGAAAAGGUCAAGAUCUCAGCACACCAUUCUUGACAUUUUCCUUUCCUGAGGUGACGCUGUACAUGUGGCACUGUGCAGCAUCUUGUCUGUGUUGCGUUGAAAAGGUCAGAGAGGAAACGUAGAUAGAUCUGAAUAUGUUCCCAGUUUGGCCUUGUCUCGUUUCGAGUCGAACCAGGACAGACAGUAGGUGUAUGUUUGAUUGAUGAUCGAGGUAUGUAACCCCACAGCACUCCCUCGCCUGCAACCAUGUUCAGGUUCAUCCCUGCACAGUCGGCCGUGCCCACGUCGCGUCCUCUCCCCUUUGAAGUGCAGCGCAGAGAUGGAUGGCUAGAUAGAAGAGUGAGAGGGCUUUUGUGUGAGGGAGAGGAACGCCAGAGCACUUCAAAGCCCGGCGUGCAGCUUGCUGGGCCCCAACGCUCAACAAUUAAUCCCAGGAUGUUUCCCCUUCUCUGCCGGAGGAGCUUUGCCGCCACUUUCAAACGCUCUCCCUUCUCUCCACCUCUCUGUCUCCUUCCCUUCUGCAUUUCCGCGCUGCAUACUGAUUCAGGCCCUCUGCUAUCAGGCCUCAAACGCCCUCACGCUCCUCUCCUCGUCCUGAUGUGCCUCUCAGUCUCACAUGCUGUACUGUAGAUUCAAUUAGCCCACUUCCCCAGCAGCCAUUUUUAGAAGCGGCAGUGGCAAUCUAUGCAUACACCACGAGUCAAUAAGAGUUUUGCAAAGCCUACAAAUGAGUUUGAUGGCGUCUGGGGCUGAGGGAACGGUUGUUAGGCACUCACACAACUGGAAGAUGCUGACACUAAGCCUCUGUGUAUUUUCCUAAAUGCUGCUCAUCCAUUCAGAUAAGGAUUUCUGCUGGGAGUAGUAGCGAGUCUGUAACUGUCAGUUAGAUUAUGCUAGGGAUGUGUCAUGCAGAGUUUUCUUUACAGUUAAAACUGAUGAAUGAAGAAGACGCACAGAAAGCUCAACUAAGUCUUAACUUUGUCCUGGUUUUAUUUUAACACUCAGAACGUUUACAUGACACUCGAGAAAACCAAAUUAUUGCCUUACUCUGAUUUAGACCGGACAACUUAAGUGCAUGUAAACACCUCAGUCUGACUAUAAUCGGAGUUUGAGAACUCUGAUUGGAGUCGGAAAACUCAGAUUGAGACACCCAGAUAAUGCAAUUGGAAUUCGAUUUUCUCUACCAUGUCACCAGCGUGAAAAGUUUGAGUUCUCAAUAUUUGAGUCAUGGUCCAUGUACUAUUUUAUUAGUGAAAUAUUGGCUUUAAAUGAUUUGCGAAUAAUCAAUUUAUGUUUUUCUCAAACAUAGCAUUUCAAGAAGUUUGUACUGUUAUAGUAGGCAGAUAGUUUCCUGUGUAUGCAGUUAAUUACAGGUUGACUUCUCAAUUAAAUUAUCAAUCUGUUUAACAGAAGCAGAAAUUACAGUAACCGUGUCUUUUACGGUACACUUAUUACUAGGUAAUUAACAGGUAAUUACCUAGUAACAACAUGAAAUUAUCUGGUAAUUACAUGAUAACUACUAAGUCAAUACUGUCUAGCUACCAGGUAGGUAACCUUCCAUCAUCAUACAAAUUUGAUGCCGAAUUGCUUUGGUAUUUCCAGGAUUUUCUCCACUUCCUGGAACCACCACUUGCGCAGUAGCAUUGGACGCAUUCGGCGGGUGAGUCGCUGUGAUAAUGUUCGGCUCAAACAGCGUAUCGCUACGCAAUCUUCACACGCCCAUAGGCUGUAUCAAGUGUCAAUCAUAGAAAAUAAGAACCCUAAAUAGCUUUUGAAAAUGGAGCUGCACAGAAAAAAGAAAAAAAGAAAAACUAGACAGUAUUGACUUAGUAGUUAUCAUGUAAUUACCAGAUAAUUUCGUGUUGUUACUAGGUAAUUACCUGUUAAUUACCUGGUAAUAAGUGUACAGUAAAAGAAAGGGUUACCGAAAUUACUCUAAUUAGACUUAACCACUUCCAUUCAAACUGAGAAAUGCCCAACAUGUUUUUUUUGUAUUUGCAGGCUCGUGUGUUAGCAACCAUCGGGGUCACCAGAGGUCUCGGGGAUCACAAUCUAAAAGUGCACGACUCCAAUAUCUAUAUCAAGCCGUUUCUGUCCUGCUGCCCAGAGGUAAGCUGCAUUUUUUUUAAGUUGUAUCUUCAUUUUGUCGUCACUCACUGAAUGUACAGAUAAAGUGAAAUGACUGGUCUUCUCCAUCACACAUAAAAAAGGGUCUUAACUGUACAACUUCAAACAAUUUAACAUGAAAAUUUCCAGUAACAUCUACACUUUAGUAAUAGCUAUUGAUUAGAUGUGUAUUUGAUAUGUAACAAAAAAGCAAAUCAAAAAAGCAAAUAUUUCAUUUAAGAUAAUAGAGUUUUCUGAAUAGUUUCCUGUCUUUAAGUAAAUAAAAAAAACAUUUCCCUAAACUUUUUAUGAGAGCUUUAUUAACUUCAACCUAAGUUUUUUUAAGUUAUAAAACUUGAAUAAGAAAACUUCUCUUAAAUUAAAUUAAGGUUAAUGGAUACAUUUUUCCAUUAGAUAAAUAUGUCUUUGAAUAUGAGAUUUGCCCAGAAGACAACAAACAGAUUUCAAUCUGCAGAAACAGUUAUCUAAUUAUAAAGAUGGCAACCAACAUGAUCCCUCCUUUAAAACUUACUCUUUGUUAAAACUUGAUUUGAGAGACCUGAGACCAGAAAUUUGAUCUAUUAUCUUCUUAUACUGUCUUUUCUUUUAGGACUUGCCCUUUUUAUCCAAACUGUCACAAAACUAUUCAAUACUUGCAUUUGAAUUGAACACUCAGUUUUAGAUUUGGCGUUAACUUCCUGUCCCAAAACAAAGCCUCUCCUUUACUAAUUUGGAAUAUCAAGAAAGUUUUUGUUUAUAGAUGUCCUUGUUAGGUCAGGUCAACUUGAGGGUCAUAAUGUCACAGUAAUAAUUGUUUCAUUUCUGCAAAAUUAAAGCAAAGCUGACAUCUUCAUGAAUUCCAUGCUUAAACUUGACUUUGUCUCUUAAACUCGCUAUCCUGAUAAAAUGGGAGCGCAGACGUAAUGAUGUAAAAUUUUGUCAGCCUUCAACAGUCCACACGGUGAACUGUGUGGUCAUCGUGAACAUGAACAGCUCCCACUGACUGCUGCUCUCAAAUGACUCUGUUCCUCUCCCAGUGUCUGCUGCGCAUGAUUGCAGGAGUCACAAAGCCCACAAAUCCUCUUGAUCUUUAAUUCAAUGCCCUCUGAGUUCAGCUAUGGUUCAGUCUUCUUUUUAAUGUUGUUUUUUUCUCAGUCCACUCUUUUAUACAUGUAGUCCUUAUUGUUCCAGAGUGUAAACACAUUAGGAUGUUAAACACUGGAAAGGAAAACAAAGAGCAAGAACUACAUCAACAGAUCCAAAUUGUAGAAGAGGUGGAAAAGUGCUUUAAGGAUCUUGUAAACCCUUAUGGCAAACACAUCAAGUUGGAAUUAUUGAUCACUCUCAGGCUGAAUGAACAAGUCUCGGAAAAGAACUAACCUUGACUCAUGUGGUCAAGUGAUUAUUAUCAUCAUCAUGAGAUCGAAUAUAAGCAAUAGUCAGAUAAACGCAUGAGUCAACACCUCCACUCAUGAGACGCUUGUUGCCACAAAAUUGAUUUUAAGGACUUGUGUCUCUCUCAAGGUCUGGUAGCCUCUGUCCUUUCCUCUCUUGGGAAGUUUGACUAAAAUCACAAGUUUUUCUAACAGACAAGGUUUAUUUGUCAGUGGCCUCUGCAGUAAAGUAAAGUUUCAUGAAUGGACCAUUUUUAAGGUGGCAAAAAGGUCAUGUUCGCAACGCACAGGAUUUGUAUUCCUCUAGUGAAGGUGUCUUUGAAAAAGUGGCCUUCAAAUUUUCAGGAAAUUUUAAGACGAGUAUAUAAAAAGAAAUGGGAUUUUUUUUUUCUUUUUUUUGGUAGCUGUUCAUGACCUUCAACUUACGAGGCAUCCCUAUUACUUUAAUUAAUUCCCGUGUCUAUAUUUCACUGUCAGUUAUACCAAAAAAAUAUGCCUGAGUAGAGCGCCAAGAGAGCAAGGUCCUGUCAUUUUUAGAGGAAUAAAUAAAAAAAUGAAUAAAGCUGUUGAAUCUAUAGUUAUGUUUGCAGUUUAUUGCUACAUAAUGUGAGAAAAUUUACUACAGUGUUAAAAAACGAUAAGUCGAUAAGUAGUGGGGUUUGGUCAUCGAUAGCUGUUUUGUGAAUUUGUAAAUUGGCACUAUAUAAACAAAGGGUGAUUAAUUGAUUAAGAAUAAGAAUAACUUUAUUUAUCCCAAAAGGGAAACUCAAUUAUCUGUCAACUCAUUUGUCAUGUGUCAAAAAAUCAUCUACUAUUUAUGAAAGAGUUGUUAAGUCUGAUGGCUGUGGGUAGAAAAGAUCUUCUGAAUCUUUCUGUCCUGCAGCGAAGAGAGAGGAGCCGUCCACCAUCAUUCUCCCUUUGGUCCGUUAAGGUGUUAUGAACCAAAGUGUCAAAGAUCCUAGAUGUAAUAAAAACACACAAGAUAGGUCGCUGAGUAAGGAGACCAGUCCCAUUAUGCCUUCAUUCCAAUAUAUGUACUCCACAGUUAAGUUUCAUUACCCUACCACAUGGCCCGUAAUGUCCCAACAAUCCAAGCAUGAAGGAAGAAACGAACAGAUGUGUCGCAAUAGUGUUUUCAUUAUCGAGUGGGCGCCUUCCUUCUCCAGUGUUUCCUCAAAAAACCCUUGGAGAGGGAUUUAAGUGAACCCCUAACCUCUGAAGUCGAUGUGGCAAAGCUGAGAAUGACAUCAUUACCAAGUCUUAUAGUAGCCACUGUUGCUGAUAGCACUGUUAGCCAUACCAGACAAUAACAACACACAGUAUGAAAGUUUGCCCAGCUUGUUUUUAUUCUGAUCAUCUAGACCAGGGGUGGGCAACCAUGUGCAAUGGAGGGCCAAGAGGCUGCAGGUUUUCUGUCCAACCCAAAACUCCAGCAGGUGAUUUCACUGAUUAGUCCCUGCUCUCUGCUUGGAGGCAAGAAAAUCAGUGAAAUCACCUGGUGGAGUUUUGGGUUCGGACAUGUAUCCGAUGUGACUGCAGUGUGGACGCUCAGGUUGCGUUCAUCCGACCUAUACAUCAUCAAUAUGCGACGGACGUCACCAUUGUUCGACAACACAAACAGGCGCGGAAAGAAAUUAGUGCUUUGUGCACAUGCAGGUCACUUCAUGGACGCAUUCUGUUCACAUUAGAUGCCGCAUUCAUUGUUGUUAUGUGAACACCGCACAAAAAGAUCGGAUUCAACAAAAAAUCGAAUUGCGCAUCAUAACCUGCAGUGUGAACGUAGCCUAAUUGAUUGAUUGUCUCAGUAAUGAGAUUAUGCUUUGGGUGAUUGGCAAAUAAAAACAGCGUUUGGAUAGCAGUGUCCACGUCAGCCUCAUUUUUCUUGUUAUCUCGUAUGUCACAUAUAAACAAAAUAUGAAAAGAAUGACUUUGAAUGCCACACAGCUGACAAUUAUUUUAGACAGAUUCAUAAACACAUAAUAAUAAUAAUGAGUCAAACACUGUUUAUGUCUUCACAAGGAAACACACUGCUCCAUUGCACAAAAAAAGUAGCAGAUUUUUGCAUCGUAUCUGUUUGAAUGACAAGGUUAUUAAAACAUGCAGGAGUAGGUUAAAAUGAGUUGUAGAAACCACGCGCCUCUUGACCCUUCCCCCUUUCUCUUGCUUCUUUACCUUCAGGUGAAAGUUUACCCUUUGACUCAGUGCGAGCACGGAGCUGAUGACGUUCUGGUGAUGGGAACUGACGGUCUGUGGGACGUCCUCUCCAACCAGGAAGUAGCUGAAGCGGUCACCUGUUUCCUGGCAAACUGUGACCCUGACGACCAGCACAGGCAUGUUUCACUCAUCAAGCAGCUGCAGCCUGUCACUGCCGAACUUCCUCUCACCCCUGUCUUCUUUUGUAGGGGAUGAAGCGCCGUUAUCUCGUUAUGCAAAUUUUCAGACAUUUCGAUAAGUCAUUUCUCCGAUGUCAAGGAAAAGCUCUUGAAACUAUUAACGCAGCGCUCUCCCGUUUCCGCUCUUGUAAGCUAUGUGAGGUAGCGCAGUUCAAAAGUUCAAUCAUUCAGACUUUUUGUCCUCAUCUGGCUCCUGGCAGAUGAUGAAAUUGUAAUUAGAUAAGAGAGUUUUUUCUGAUUGUACAUCACUGCGCAAGAAAUAUGCUUUAAUCUGUAUCUCUGUUGAUUCACCAGGUACACAAUGGCAGCUCAAGAUCUGGUAAUGAGAGCGCGGGGAGUGCUGAAGGAUCGAGGCUGGAGGAUAUCCAACGACAGACUAGGCUCUGGAGACGACAUCUCCGUCUACAUCAUCCCCCUUAUGUACGGCAACAAGCAGAUCUAGCAUCUAACAAACCUUCCGACUCACCUUCUGAAUAUUUCCUCACCCCUUGUUUCCUUCUUUUAAGUGCUUUAGUGUGGACUUCCCCCUCUACCGGGGGAUCCAAGACAUUUCUGGUCAGAGAUGGAAUCUCUGUCUGUGCUGUUUCUCUUGUUAAUCAUCUUGAAACGGGAUGGUUAGUUUUUGUCUUCUUCCUUUUUCUAUAAGAGUAGAAACUGUUUGAGAAACUGAACCUUGAAAAGAAGCCAUCUUGAAUCUUGCUGCGGAGCAAUUCCUGAGGUUGAGAGAACGAACUUUUAUUUAUUAGGUUGUGGCGUGCACAUCAGGAUUGCUGUUAUUGCACAAUAUUUAUAAAUGUAAAAUCUGUAAAUACUCCAAGGCAAACAAUGUUUGAUAAGUGUGUUUGGUUGAACACUUGUACAGUGUAUAAAACUUCCCUGAAGACUGUCCUGCUUUAUAAAUCCUCUGUUUCAUGUAACUCUUUCAAAUUAGUUGAUUAAGACGAGCAACUGUUAGUCUGUCGUCCAAAAGAGAUGUCUUCUCUUUGACUGUUUGUCAGCUGGUUCUCCUACUUAAUAACCCCAGCAUUAUGAUAAAUAAUAUUGAUCCUCCAUUGUUAUGGAAGUGACACAUAAAUGGAGAUACACUACAAGGAGGAACUGACUGAUGAAGAUGUUAGCGUCAUUCAUUCACCAUAUUCACCUGCAGCCUUUUUCCUCUGAGGUCAUGAUCAGGGUGGGAAACUCAAAUGCUGUUCUGAAAGAAGAAGAUACUGGAUCCACUGCAGAGUUACUGCUGUACAAAUCACACUUCUUUAUUAUUUCAGUCUCGAGGCGAAUGGGGUCAGAGUUCAAGUGAAACAAUAUUCAUUCACCAACUGAAGCUUGUGUUAGCAUUCACCCUCUCGUCAUGGCAGGGAUUCAGGGAGUAGUUGACUAAAAGAUUAUCAUUGUCACCCUUGCUACUCAGCACCAGAACUAUUAGCACCAGCCACUUGCUACUAUGAAAGCUAUAAUGCUGUAAUGCUCCACUACCUGGAUGUAGUUAAAAACAGAAGACAGCUGGCGUUUUGUUACACAACAUGGCUAACUGUGUAAUCCAUGGGAACUGGAGAAAUGUGUAACUAGCAAAGUCUUAUGAACCUGCAGGAAGGAUCCUGAGCGCAAUAUUUUUUUUGGAGGAUGGUAGGGAAGGUUCCGCCUCCUUCGCCUCUGAUUGGCUAGAAAAGCUGGGAACGUCAUCAUGCGCUCAAGCCAAACGCGGGCUGUCAACUCUGUACAUAGAACAGAACAUUAUCACACUUCUGAAUCUCCUCACCCUAACCCGACUGACGAUGACGUUUCACAGCUAUCAGGAAUAACCAAUUGCAGCCCAUCACUUCUAGCCAAUCAGAGGCGAAGGAGGGCGGGACCUUACCAUAUAUUCCUACGAAAAAAAAUGUAGCAUCCGGGGCGCAAUAUUUUUUUUUGUAGGCUGAUAGGGGGAGGUCCCGCCUGCUUCGCCCUUUGAUUGGCUAGAGGCCAAUCGGAGCUUGGUUCUGAUUGGUUAUUCCUUAUGGUUGUAAAACAUCAUCGUCUGUCGGGUUAGGGUUAGAAGAUUCAGAAUCGUGAUAAUGUUCUGCAAUGUUCUGUUUGAUGUACAGAGCCAUUUCAGUCAUAAGGAAUAACCAAUCAGAGCCCAGCUUUUCUAACCAAUCAGAGGCAGAGGAGACGGGACCUUUCCCUACCAUCGUACGAAAAAAAUAUCACUGCCUGUGCUGCUGAUGCAAACUCCGUAAACGUUAGCAACACUCAGCUAAAACUAUGUCAAUCAUUGUCUAACAGUAUCAAACUUUUGAGCCGGCAGAAUAUUAGCUAAUGUAAUGUUAGCUAAAAAGUGUUCUAUUGCUAAUUCAAACUUUUGUGUCACAGUAGCUAACAGGCUAUUGCUUUACGUUGAAUUAGCGCUGCAUUACAUCUCCCCCUGAUUUUUCAAAACCACAGACGUUUCAGUCGCCUCUUUGUUUGGCAGUAAAGAGUAAACCCACAUGACUCCAGAAGAAACUGGCCGUACAAAGUCCUACUUCAAUAGCAGCAGUUGUCUUUCUGUUUACAUCAUUGACCAUUAAACAUCUACCUCAUCAUUUUCUUUCGUUUAUUAUGUUACCCGCUCCAAACCCCGUCAUAGUCCGCUUUAAGCAGUAGUUUGUACGCUACUCCAAGUGCAUCAUCAGCUUCAACUUGUGCCAUUAUUGCUGUGAAUUUGCUGUUUUCCUGCAACAUUUGUGCGAAUGUUUGCAGAAAAGCACUGCUGCAAAAAAAAGGUAAAAGUGAACUGUGUGAUGGAUCCGCAGUUUUUAAAAUCUUUUUGUUGUAUUUCAUGUUGCACCGCCCCAUUGUCAUGCCCGCGUUUUCACCUUUUUAACUCGCAUCUUAAGGAAAAACAUUUUUAUGAUUAGCUGGUGCCUCGGAAAAUUCAAUUUUUUACGUCACACAAAAUUAACACAUUUAUUGGAUACACUCUGCACUUACCGUAUGUGGUAUUUCAAUCCUUUUGUUCUGUUCUCCAAUCCUCAGUUCAGUUUGUAGCUUCUGCUUAUUGUGCUAAAUGUGAUCACCGGCUGCUUUAGGAGAAACUGAAAGUGGUGAAAAUGGAAGAGUGAUGUGAUUUCAUGACAUACAUGUAGAUAAGGUUUUAGCGGACACAUCUCUCUUUUCUUUACUUAGGUGAUGUAAAUCUUACUGGAACAGUAAAUGUCAUUUGUAUCAUCAUGGUAACCUAGUGUGUAUAAAAGAAACUGUUUACAUGCUCACUUUUCUGCUCCAUUAAAAAGAAACUGUCUAUUCCUGACCUUUUAAACCUUUUUCCAUCUUUCUCUGCCGUGCCGUUGAUAUUCAUCGAGUGUGGUGAAUGUGUAAUUGAUAAAAU